CAAGACAAUUCAGCAGCGCGUGAACAGGCUGUCGCUAAGGAAUUCACCUUAGGUGUCCCCCCUCCUUCUCCCCCUCACCAAUAGAAUAUUGUUUUAAUUUUGACCAAGACCUGGGAAAGGGAAGAGGAAAACAGAGGCGAGAUUCCGCAUGAUGUGUCUCCGGACUGUUGAUUCUGUGUCAUUUGUUGAAUGGUUUGGCGGAGGAGACGCGCGCAGCACAUUAACGUGUUGAAACGCCAUUUACGCCGGACAGCGGAGGCAGGGGGACUUUUCUCAUAGGUUUGCCUCUUUUUGAUAUGAAACCUGACCCGAAGAUGCUUUAGCGUAUCAGGGGCCAUCCAUAUUUUCUCGGUAUGUAAUUUUUUUUUUCCAGCAGAGGAGUGAUAUAGCCUGCUCUGACGUCUGCAUCAGAUAUUACCCACUGCUUUUUCAAUGUGCAUUUUCCCCUCAGUGACUUUGCGCUGAUCUACAUCAUCAUCAACAGCAGCAGCAGCAGCAGCAGAAAAAGCAGCAACGAGGGCACAAAAAUCAAGGAAUGAAGAUUUCAUUUUUCUUUUUUUUCCCUUGAACCCACCGCUCCCCUCUUGCCGAGCAGCGUUUCCAGCUCCAACAACAAAUAUCUGUGAACAACACCACGGUGUGGAAUAGUCUGGCGCCGGAGCGUCGCUGGAACCAUGCCUCUUCUGCAGAUUUGGACCGGGAAAUUUCACCCACCGAUUUGAUCACCGGGAGGCUGCUGCUCACUCAUUCAUGCCAGUGUUGGUGUUUUUAAGGGGAGGAACACUUGUCAUCACUUUUAAAAGUAUUGUGUAUGCUGUUUUUGAGCAAAGAUGUCUGAUCUCCUGGUGUUGGUCGAGGGGCUCUGUGACCUGCACGGAUUUCCAUAGCUGAGGGAAAACAGCGGGGGCCAAUUAGAGCAGAUUUUAAAGAAUCCAGAAGCCUCUUUUAAUGAAGACAUCGUAUGCGUACAUGUAGGCUUAGUUAGUCGACAUUCUCAAAGGCAAUUAUCUUUUUUUUUAAUUGCCACUUUUUACUUUGUGCGUUUUCUGGAGGACCACUGGACUGGUUGGAUUAUAGAAACUAUAUCUAAGGAUUUGUGGAGAUGUUGGGUCGUCAAGAAGAUAAAUUAUGUGGAAUUUUCUCUGCUCUGGCGGCUUUGUCCUUCGUAUGCUUUGUUCAAAGGUAAGAAAAACCUCGCCUGGAAAAAGCUUUCACAGAAGCAGACGUGAUUACCGGUCAAUAAAAGGGCUGAGAUGUGGCAAAUCGCAUUAACGGGGUACCCAGGCCUACUUAUUAGGGGCAUUGCUGCCGAUAUGGGCUCUAAUAGACGGUGCUGUGGCGCGCGCGAGCGUGAAAACAUGCGCGUGCACUCCAGCAGGGCUUUUGUAAAACGUAACCUGCACUUGAUAUAAGAACAUAGGGGAAUGUAUACUGUGUUUUUCAUCAGUAAGACGACUUUUGGUGGGGUCCCUACAUGAUAGCCCCCAGUGGGCUUCAACAGGCUCAGUCGAUGAUUAGAUGAUGGGAUCAAUCAACCGGGGAUCGAUUGAUUACGCCAUGGUGAGCAGCUACAUGUACGAGUCCACUCUGCCGUGGCCCCUCGGCCUACAAGCCUACUUAUUUAAUUCAUCCCUCGAAACGCAAAGUAGUCCAAAAUUCCCAUUCAUGUAAUCUUCCUCAUCACCCAUUUUAUUGACUGGAGCCAAAUCAAUCAGAUUUCAAAACAAGCCCAGCAGGUAAUCAGCCCUACCUGCUGCUCCUCUGGCAGAGAGGAGGCUGCAAGAUUUAAGGUUUUAAUAAAUAAGCUCUUGUCCAGGUCUUGUAAUGUAAGAGUGUGAAUUACAGCACAAGCCUUUAUGAACAUCAUCACAGCCACAAUCCCCCCUGAUCAGCCCCCUUUAUUGUUCUGUUGUUACAAAUCCCCAGUGGCCUUCUCCCCCUCCUUCUCCUCCUCCCCCUCUCCUGUCUGCAGUCACCUACAGCCUCACUUAUGAGAUUUAGGCGCCCAGCCAGAACUGGGUCGCACCACUUUUUGACAUUUUGAUUCCAUUAGAAUAACCCGGAAUCAUCCCGGCCCGUGUUCCAGGUGUCACCGAGAUUCCCUCUCAGGUGUCAAACCCACAAGUCUCGUAGCCGGCCAGCUUGAUGAACAGCUGCACAGCCUAUGAGCUAAUUGAAGAGUGCUUCCCUGACUGAGCCCAGGGCUAGCGCUCCUGUCAGGGGAGCAAUUUUAACCCACUUCUUCCACCUCGUAUCCCUCCUCCCCUUCCUCACCUGCACUCAUCCCACACACCCAUUCCCCCUAUAACAAGGAACCUCAGCUGGGGAGCUGGUCUAUGCCAGGUGAUGCAGGUCAUGGCACCAAUGUGAUAGAUGUCGGUCAGACAAGUGUGGACUUUUGGCUCCCUCUGAGGAUGGUCUCCUACAGUGAUUAUGUAGAUAUAUAACAAAUAAAACUGUGCCCUACCCGAUUACUCAGCCAAAACAAAAGCAACUCCAAAUACGUCCUCACUGAAUGAAAAACACCCAUGAAAUAAUUAGAGGUGUCUCAUCAUCUCAUCCCCUCAGCUGAAUUAAAAUCCUUUAUUUACUUAGAUGAACUCAGAUGAGCUUUUUGUCUUUUUUUUAGGGAAAACACUGGAAAAACGACGAUGAAUUCAUCUUUUAUCUUGAAUCUUGAAAUACAGUAAAAUGCACUUACAAGGCCUUGUUUUCAACCUGCUCCAUGACAACGCAGGAGCCACUGUGUUAUUUUGUAUUAUGCAUUAGGCCAGAUCAAUAUAUUUGCCUGAAAACAGACUGCAACAUCCAAAGAAAGUACCAGAUAUAACAGUUUGAAGUGAAAAGCUUGCUUUUGCGAGAGUGGAAUAAUUACAAUUGGUGUCAGCGGACAGCAACAUGAGAUUGAACCGGUUUUCUAGCAUUUUCUUUUUGUGAUUUUAUUGUUGGCCAUUUUAUUUACAUUUAAUGUCUCCUAUGUGAAACACUUUGCAUGCUGAUAAGAAAAGUGCUGCUAAAAUAAAGUGAAGUAUGACUAAAAUGAAGAACAAAACAGAUAAAAUAAGACAAAGUGUUCACUGUAAGAGAAGUGAAAUGGGUUUUUUUUAAUCAUAAGAAGCAGUUUCUCUUUGUCGAGGCACAUUAUUGACGCAAGAGCUUCCUCUUCAAAGGUGGCACUCAUGUCAUCAAUGUUGAGAAAAAAGAUUACAUACUGUGUGAUUCUUAGUACAGACUGUAUUUUGUACAGUAACAUUUUUAUGAUAGACGUAACAGCUCUGUUUUUGCUUCCAUCUCUUACUCUCGUGUCUUCUCCCCUCAGCUCCUCCACUGGAAGCUCGGGAAUGUCUGUGGCCAAGACUACCGUGGACAAGUUGCUGAAGGGAUAUGACAUCCGUUUAAGGCCUGAUUUUGGAGGUAGGUGUUGUGGUGGCUGUGUCUGUUUCUAGGAGAAUUUCCUUUCACGAGCCGAGGUGUGCACGCAGCUGCAUUUACGAGUCAUUCCUCUGGAGUCUGUCGAAGUGUUGGCCUGUGGCACAAUAUAGGGGAGAGCUUUGAAGUGACUGCUCCCAUGUCAUUACUAUGCAUCUAUUCACAUAUCGAAGAUGGCUGCUCCUCGAGAAAUAGGGCACACACUAGGAAAAGAGAGCCAACACUGUUUUUUUUCUAAAUCAGGGAUAGUCAAUGUAUUGAUUUUUAAUACUCUAUGAUCAGAGAUGCUUCAGGGCUUCUUUGUAUUGCUUUUUUUUUUUUUUUUUUUUUUUUUUUUUGCAGUGUUUCUAAGCGUUUGAUUUGCAGAUCAGAGAAAAACCUUCUGCCCCAUUAACUUUUAUUGGAAAUUGUGCAUCUCCUAUAUCCGCUCUUAGAAAUAAUGGUUAUGUUGAUAAUUGCUGAAAAUAGAAGGCGUGGGUUAGAAGUCAUUAGUGUAUGUCAUUUGGGUUGAUUGUUUUACUGAAACUAUUAACCACAAAGACGUUUGCAGGCAUAAAAAUAGUCGGAUUUCUGUCUCCUUUAAUUUUCUUACGAUCAGACUGCUUUCACGAAAAAUUGAAGGGUUUUGGACAUUUUGAGGAUAAAAAAUAUUUGCAAAUGACGCAUGGUGCAUAAGCAUCAUGUGUAAGAUGAUUUUGUGGAGGAUAUUUUCUGUUUCAUGGUUUUGCCCACAGCAUCUGGGUGUCUGGUCUGUGCAAGGCCGCUAACUGAUGACGUCAUGUUUCAGCACUGACUGACAGCUGCAGUGAUGGCUCUAAUUCAGCAGAGUGAAUGAUUGCCUCGAUUAAUUUCAGCACCAGCCUCAUUGUUCCCGCUCAUGCUCGUGGUGUUUUCAGAAAGUUUGUAUUCAGAGAAGCUUAUGGCCACUUACUACACACACUGUCUGCAAAACAAAGAACAAAGGAGGCUUUUACUUCCAGCAUGUUAACAGAGUGUGAUGUUAAUUUAAUGAGAGCGAGUAGCACAACAGUGUGUCUGUUGCCACUUAGAUUUCCUCCACCGUCUUGUUUUGCAUGGCCAAAAGUCUACUGUAACUCAAAAGUGAAACAGUUUUCCUCUGUUGGUUUGUCAAAAACUUCUCUUUUCAUGGAAUGUGUAGAGUUUGGAAAAGUCAGGAAAAAUUAGCAUAAAAAUCAGGUUUGAUGCUUGUUUAGUGGAGACAAUAUCGAAUGACUCACCCAGACUCUAAGUAGAAUUACAUGCACAGUUAAGUCGAGCUACGGUCACAGUUCGAAAAGGAGAUUUAACUGGACUACUGUCCUUGUCCCUGUUUACAGCCACUGGGCAAGAAUGGGUUCAAUGAAAGAAGUAUGUCCUCCCCGCCACAGUCGAUGACGACAUGUUCCCUUUUAGCUCAUUACUACUGGUUCACCUCCAGGUUGGCCUUUCACGUACUAAAACAAUCAUGUCAGUGUGGCUAACAGGAUGUGCGUAUAAUGAUGAAAACACAGCCACUUUUAUAGCACUGUUACUUUUGUACAUUAGGUACAACUGCUUUAUCUAUUUCCACAUCGGUUCUUUGUCAAGGUUUUGUCUGCCGCUCAGCUUCCAAGCAACACACUUAUGCUGCUCAACUUCUGGGUUAGAGCCUGGCAAACAUGUCCAAAACACUUCGGCCAGUUUCAGAAUCUUUAUGUGGACAUUUUGAAAUUGGGGUUUUCUCUUCAGCUGCAAGUCUGACACCUACCCCUUUGCACUGGUUUCAGCGGUUUAAAAUGAAAACUCUAAGACCAGAUCUUUUCUUAGGAAGAGCAAUAAGCUCUGAACUGGAUUUAAUGUUUCCAGGCCAUGAAUGCUUUGGUGCCCUUUAAGGGUGAAAGAGUUGCACCGUGUGCAUAUUUAUGUUAUUCAAGGAUUUAUCAGGACCACAGUCCUCAUCAUGACACUGGGGCUAUGAUGGGCUGUGUUUAACCCGAAUGUCUGAUUCCCUUUUGUAAGUUAAUGAAUCUGAGUUUAGUUAAUGUUUCGUGACAGUUGAUCAUUUUAAUGGCAGUGAUGCAGCUAAUGCUCUCAACAUAACCAGUGUUACGUGCCAUCAGAAGUUGAGUAGGGCAGGUCUCAUCAGCCGUUGUGUUAGGAUGUUAUGUUCUGCUUGAAAUGGAAAACAAAUUGAUAAAACCUGAUGAAGAUGUCAGGAAAUUUGAUUAAUGGCGUGGGGCACUGAUGACACUGGUGCUGCAGAACAAAGGAGCCGUGUGCUUUCUCGUCAUGAAUAGGACCCUGGUCACUAAGCUGUCCACACCCUCCAACAAUUAAUUACAUUACUAGAGUAGGGGUGUGCCAUAUCAUACCAUGUACAGUAAUACUAGUGUACAUUUUUCGGUGAUAUAAAUUUGUCAUAUCGCAGUAUUUACUCGUAGGGACUCGAUGACGUAUGAUGUUCCCUACUGCAUACACAACAACAAUAUCCGAGAGUGAGAGCAGCACAGCAGCAUCAACUUCCUCAAAUGAGGAUCUAGUGCCAAAAGGGAACUACCGCUGUGGUGUGGUUUUGGUUUGGCUAACACAGCUAUUAAAUUUUAUCAUCUAAAGCUAAAACACACGGGCGAAUAUCAGUAGGCUUUGAAGGCACGUGAUGAGGACUUGAAAGCAGCUACAGGUGUUCAGAGUAAGAGUAAGCAAAUGGCUCAGCGGAGCAUUGCAGGAGCACUCUCUGCACUCCAUACUAUUAAAAAAAAAAACAGAUGGUGGCAGGACAUUACCGAAGCGUAAUGUUAGGGUCGUGUCACAUAUUGUUUGGCCAAAGACAUGAAGUCAGUUCAGGCUGUCGGAAGGGAAGGCUUCAAACACUUAAUGAAAAAAUCGCGGGUACGACUGACGUGGUCCAGCCAAACCUUCGACCCUAUAUCAGCCUGACAGUCCAUUACAUAGGCUACGACUAGAAGCUGCACUACUCCUGUCUUGAAACCAUCAACAUUCCCAAGGAUCACCUGGGGGAAAAUAUUGUGAGUGGAUUAAGGGAGUUUCUUGAGUCAUGGAAUCUAUAAGAGGACAAACAGGUGUGUGUAACAACAGACAACGGGGCUAAUGUUGUCAAUGUUGUCAAACCUUUGCGUAUGAGGACAUACUUAAAAAUAAAAAACAUGGGAUUUUUUUUUUUUUUUGGGGGGGGUAUUAACUCCUGUCCUGUUAAUAUAUGGCAAAUUUUAAUUUAUUUUCAUAAUUUAACCCCUUUUUACAAACAAUAAUAAAAUGCUUAAUAAUAUUUUGUUCUGUAAUUUUCUCCCCAUAUCAUCAUAAAUAUCGUUAGCGCAAAUUGCGAUGAAAUAUCGAGAUAUCAUUUUGAGGGUAGAUCGCCCACCACUAACUAAGAGGGACAGUCACAACUGCCACUUGGUCAUCAAUGACUGCGGUCGAAUAGCAUGUUUGUACUUUUAAGCUGAUACACCUUAACUGUCUAUGUGUGAAAUAAAUGUUGGAAAGCACUCGCACAGAAGUGAAUCUGUGCAGUUCCCGUGUCAACAGCAUUUGAGGUCCAGGAUUUUACUUGUAAACUUGAAGCCCUGCACUCUGCAUCCUACAAAAGUUGUCAAAAGCCUCUUCAUGACAGUGGGUGACGGCGCACAUGGGAAAUGCAGCAGACUACACACUGGAUAAACACCACUGAUUACAUCCAAAGAGGUCACCAGAUCAUCAUGACAUGAAAUCUCCUCCCAGUAUCUUUAAGUGUAUAAUACUCACCUGAGUGUCCUUUGAACAGGCUGCUUGGAGCAGCGAGCAGCACACCACACUUGAUGAGAGUAUUCAGUGGGAAACAUAUAGCAGGUGCACCUCCUCGUAUAACCUUCCUCUGGAUGGAUUCUCAGCCAAAAAACAGAUGCUCUGAUGAAGGCUCAUGUGCCAGAGAGCGUGAGCCUGAUGUUAGCCAUUGUGAAAAUAUGUUAUAGUUGAGGUUACGCCUUCACUCUGUGUUUUGGACCUCUGCCAUCACAGAGCGGUUUCAUAGAUUUAAUGGAAGAGGCAUGAGAGGAAGCUGCAGAGAAACAUCUCAUGCUCUGUGUAUCUUAGAGCAAAAUCAACUUUCCUUUUUUUAUGAUGCUUGUUGGUAGUUAGUCAGAAUUUGUAAUUUGCAGACAAUGUCACUUGGGGAAUUACAGCUUGCAAGGUCUGUCCUCGUUAAAUAUUUAAUAUGACUCCAUUGCAAACAAACAGUGUCUCAAAGUCAAUGUUUCCAUAACAUGUUCACUUCGCGCUCUGCACAGUUGAUGUAGCGAGCAGCUUGGGGGCUGUGCUGACUCUUUGGGUUUCUUUUUGCACUUGGCAUCACUUGUGGCUGCACUGAUGACCAUACAACUUUCAGGGUUUGAGCUCAUCUAUGGUCUUCUUAUUACCAAUUCUGUUUUCACUCAAAAUAACUCCAAACAAAAGGUUCACAAAAACACAAGCCUUGUCUGCCAUGAAUGAUCAGACUUUACACUCAUUGUGAGACUACCAUUUAGUGACAGUGAUUUCGUGUACUGUACAUUUCUAUGUAAACAAAGGGGCCAGACUUGCCUUUUCACCUUUUUAUCUUCAAUAAAGAUGGACAUUUGUUCAACUUCUGACUUCUUGAAGACACAAACUAGGUUCACAGUUAAAUAUUUGACAGUCCUGCAUUAUACACAUUCAAAAUUUUAUCGAACAAACUACAAAUUGACACACACACAUUGAGACACGAAACCAGUAGCAAAAAGCAAAAGUGAUGAAAUUGAGGAAUAAAUUGAUUUCAUGUCAAGUUCCAAACCAACAAUUAUUUCGCGUUAUCUUCCCUUGCUUGUUUUUUCAGCCACUUUGACCUCUUUUCAGACAUUGUUUCUGCAAACAUAUAGGAUUUGGUGUUUUGGAGCAGCUCUGGACUGCACUGGCGUGGGGAGAGUUAAGUAUUAAAGAGUGAAUAUCCCAAGCAAAGAGAGAGAGAGAGAAAAAGAGAGAGAGAGAGAGUUGCUGUGCUUCCGCCUCAGGCCUGGGAGCUGCAGUCCAUCAUGUCUUGAUAUUUCCAACAUCAGUCAGCUACUUCUGUCGUGACACAACUGCUGACGACCUUCAGCUCUCCACGUUCAACAAAGAGGGUUUUAAUUUGGCACAGUGCUGGACACUGACUGUGGCUCCUUACAGCCAAGACAACUCCCAUAUUUGAAAUGAAAACUAACUGGACAUGUGCAUCAGUGGACAGAAGACUGUGUUUUCAGUAGUCAGAAAGAAUCUGCCAAGCGUGAUGCCACAGGAUUGUAUCCUAAAGACAAACCCGCUCUGCAGUUACGCAUCCCCGUCCCUGCCUUCUUCUGUAUUGAUUUGGGUUUUUGCAAAGGAACAGAAUUGUAAUUUUCUUGCAGAUAUCAUAAUCAUAAUGUAAUUUCUUUUUGUAAGUUGCAGAAAAAACUUGUGUCUUUGAAACAUUUUCAAGGCUAAUGCAUGGGUUGCAAAUGGUAUUUCUCCUCUUUCAUUAUCUGUUCGCAUGGAUUUAUCACCCUUGGCUGUAGCUUCCUAACAAACUGCCCGUGGUCAUAGAGCUGAGUCAUAGACCACAACCUCCAUAUAACCUGAAUGAUGCAUUACGUAGAGUUAGAUCCAGCACAGUAAUCAGAGCAGUGUGAGCCGCCUUUGAAAUUCUUAUUUUUUUAAGAUAGCACCAAUGUUUUUAAUUGAUUCAACACAUUGGUAAAUCUUCCAUCACAACACUUCGACUAUUGGCAUAAAAGCAGCAAAAUACAACAAGAAGUUAAAAUCAAACCAUUUGUAUAAGAUGACUGUUACUGUAGUUAUACUAAAUCAAUGCAUGAAAUGGAAGAUUUGCUUUAAAAUGAUAAAGUCUUUUUCUUAACUUUGAUUUAUUUAUUUUUUUUAUUAUUUGUGAAUAGUCAUCUACAUCCCAAACUGACAUCUUUUUUGACAUGCCUUGUUUUAUCACUUUGCCCAAUAGCAUUUUGGCAAAACCUCGAUGAGUUUCCUCUUCUCCUAACAUAAAAUCAGCCUCGAUGAAACUGACUCAGAACUUACACAGGAUGAAUUUUUGGUUUAUUAUAUAUUUUGCCACUUGUGUUCUGCUUAUCUUUUAGCAAUUGAAAUGAAACUUGUGAAAAUCAAAAGAUAUUGAUACGUAUUUUACCCCAGCAACAAAUAAAAACAGAUAUUUUAUAUUCAUCAUAUUGUAAUAGUUAAUUACCAUGCAGUUCUGGUGCAGCAAAAUUCACUAAAGACAGACCAACAUUUGACGUACUGUUAAAGGGCAAUGAAAAAGAAAAAAGGGAAAAUGCAUCAUACAUAAGCCAGUGUAUGGUUGUAUGUAUAUCUGCAGAGAGUAAGCUUUCUUUAUCUUCUAAUAUCUCAUAAAGAUUUGCCAAGGAAACUUAAAAAAUGUCUGUACCUCUGAAUGAGGACAGUUAGCGGUGUAGUUACUGUGAUGGAGGGAGAAGCAGGGAGACACACAACUUCAGCAGUAAACACCCACACCUCUGUUUGUUUGUGCUGAGUCAAGAACACAAGAAACCACAGUGCAACUAUCAGAAAACAACAUCCUCAUUCUUUAUUUGACUGCUUUGUAUUCUUCGUCGCUCUCUACAGCUCAUCUCUAUGUUGAUGGACCACUGCUUCUACAUCUUGGUCUGUGUGCUGGGGUGCUAGAGCCCCUAUGUUUAAUCAGUAAAGCUAACUCUGUUGCAAAAAUCACUUUUUGGUGUAGUUGAAGUAGAGGUUUGUUAACUGGUUAGGUGGAUCAUCUGAGAGGCCGUGUUUAGAUGAAUAGAGAGCUAGACCACAUAUUGUUACGGUCAUGUUAGGAGUGUCAGUUCUAUGGAUGUUAAGCUUUGAUUUAGCGUGGUAAGGGAUAUUGGGACAGUGGCACUGAUAUUAAAAGUAAAGUAAAAAUAUUUUUUUUUUCUACAAACUGAUUCUUGUGAGUGUGUGUCAUAAUAACCCAUAUUAUAACUGGUUUUCGGUCUUCCUUGGUAGUCAAGAUUUUAAAAGUUUGUGGGAUAUCGUGAAAGUCAGAGGGGUGUGAUGCCUGUAUUUUUGCACUGACUUUCAAAGUUUGUAUAAUGACAUGCUUUUAGACCGACGGCUCUAAAGCUUUUAUGAUAGGAUACGCUGCCUUCUGUUGAGUUCAUUUUCUGAUUUCCAAGAAAGAGCUUGAGAUGUGUCAGCACCCUUGAAGAGGAUGGAGAGAUCUGACGAAAUUGGCUAAGUCUAAAAUACAGCCCUGUAUCCAAACCCUCAGUGAUUUUAAAGUGAGAAUUCUCAUAUCAUUAAGGGAACAUUUCACUCGGAGUUGGGUUGGAGAUUCUUGAAUAAAUGUAUUUUUUUCAGGUGGAUGGCACCAAUUGAAUCAAUCGUAGAAGAAACAAAUAAAUUUGAGGCCAAUAUUAAAGACACAAGGAUUCAUUUGAGGACAACCUGGAACUGACAAACCAUAGAGAGUCAAUCAUCUGCAGGUUUCUUCUGGACAAUUUUUCAUGGUUUUCACGGACCAUAAAUGUCUGAUUAGCUUGUUCAGGAAAUGUCAUUGCAUCUUGCUGUGUGGGCUUGUACAGUGGAGCAGUAUAAACAUUUGAUAGAAGGCAAGAUCUAAACGAGUGUCUUGCCCUUUAAGUUAGAACAAUACUCGAUCUGAAAGAUGAGGCUAGAACAGUCCUUUUGCCUGUUCAGUAGUCUUAGAUUAUUGUUAAAAUAUACUAGGAUUUUGGCCAAUCAAACUGAUUCUGUCACCCUAUUUUUUUCCUUUGAGGUCGUGGAAGAUCAGGGUUGCCAUUAGGUUAAUCAUGACUUGGAUUAUGUAGAUAUAAUCCAAAGAAAGAUGUUCUUCAUCAGCCUCUUGAAUUGUGGGUGUCCUCUCAGAGUGAAUUGAUGGUCCCAUCAGAACAAGGUAUUUGCAGUCCUUGGCCUGCUGAUUCUCCUGUGACCGUCAAUGGGACAGCAUUGACCUGUGAUCUUUAACGAUGAAAUAGUGCAGCAGAACAGCAUAAGUUGAGUGAGUACAGUUCCCCUCUACCCCUUACCGUAUUGGUUUUGCGUUGCAAGGACAGUGACUUGAAGGCAAACAGAGGUGAUGGUGGAUUGUUCAGGGAUGUGCACAACCUCAGGACACAGAGGAUCGUUUGCUGGGUGUUAUUUGGCGUUAUCAAAAACCAGAUAGGUUCUGUCUUAUUGUCAACAAAGCAGACAGUUGUGCCACUAAACUGCACUGAGACCAUCUUUUGUUUUUGACUUGGCCUAAGACAAGUCUUUUUGUGUCAGCUUCUUGAGGGAGAAAGAGUUACACAACACCAUUGGCAGCAGUGGAGCUGGCACCAUCAGGUCUCACAUGUGAAAGCUCUGUUGUAAAGUCAAACACACCUCAUUUUUUAGGUAUGUAUAGUUUUACGGUAGCUAGUGAGUCUUGUGUCCCCUAUCCCAUGCAAAGUUUAUUGUGGAAGAUCGAUUCAAGUGUUGCUCUCGAACAUGACUCAAGACAAGGGCAAAGAAAGUUUUUUUUUACUGGGCCCCAGCAUUUCACUACCACAAAUGUCCCAGUAUUUUUCAAGAGCUGAUGUAAGUCAUAGGCCUUAGACUCAACAAAACUUUCCUCCCCCCACACCUCACCCUGGCCUAACAACAUCACAGAGCAUGCUCAAGGACUGGAUCUUAUUUGACGGGGGGUUAGCUUUUAUUGGGAGGAUAGGACUCGCAGACUGAAAUUGAACCCGGACCACCUUCUUCCAAGACUAAAGACUGUAAAGUGCUGCACGAUUCAACUACUAGGCCGGACCUAUGCCCCAUGCUUUGCAAUUUCAGCCAGCUGACAAUAAAUGAACUGCAGCUGCCAUUUUGACAUGUAUGUCAGAUAACUACAGCAAAGACGAUCUUCUCCUUGUUCUUGUGCAAAUGUCCAAGCGACAUCAUGCAAGUCACAAAGCCCUUCUUUGGAAGAUCCUUAUUCUGCUGUUUUAUAUUGUAACAACAUAUGAACACACAGAAUUGGUGUUAAUCAGUUAGAAAAUUACUUUCUAUGGUGUGAUCUCUUUGUAUUCAUACCUGGUUUUACUUUAACUAUGUUUUGAUCUUCGGAAGCAUAUUUCAAUAUGUUUAGUGAUGUAUUUACUGCUGAUUAUUUAUGUUUAUUCUCCUCCUUUACAAUCUAAAAUCUCUACUUUAUUUUUUACACAUCCUUAAAGAGAUGAACACACAUAAAUUGAAUUCAGUUGAAUUGCACACAUGCUUCAGACCCACAGACCAUGUUUCUUCAUUGUAUGAUUAUCCUUCUAUACUGACCUUUGAAUUAAAAUGUGUUAUAAUACACAAAAGAUAUCAAUUCCUGGAUAUCGUAGCCCACAUUGGUACAAACUAAACUCUUAUCCUCUUGGCAUGGUUUGUCUUUCAAAUGGCUCUAACUCACACAUGUUAGUAUGGUUACGGUUAGGUGAUGUCAAGCUGUAUGAUGAAUUGGUUUCAUAAAAGCAAUGACCCAUAAAAUGUAUCUGACAGAAUUUAUCAAGCAGAGUAAUGAAACACAUGACCUUUACAUACAUGAUCAAUACAUUACAAAUAUGCGGUUGUCUUAAAUUAGACGAAUAUUUGAGGUUUUGUUAUUAACAGAUUCUAAUGAAAAUUUGAUUUUGUAUAAUUUUUUAAUUUAGAUUGUGGUUUAGUGGUGAAGAGAGCUGAUCUGGCGUUUAUGUUGAGGUCUUACAGCCAAUCCCUAACCAUAACCAUGAUGAACAUGUCAAAUAAAACCCGUCAUAUUAAAAUGUCAAGUUUUACUGCAUAUAUUAUUUGUCUCAAGUGGGCAUGAAAAGACUCCCACCCACCCAUUUUAGAUUUACAUUUUUUUAUGUGUCCUCGAAAUAAAAAUACUGUUGAUGAGAAACUUGGUUAGAAGAACAUUAGUUGAGUUUGAGAUUUUGGUUUGAAUUAUUCAAGAAAUCACCACAUUCAUGGUCAAAGAAAAUAUUUGGUAGUUGCAGCCCCACCUCUGACUAAGAAGCAGAUGGUUUGUACGUCACAAUUUAAUAAAUACUGUUUAUUCAUCUCACUAAGGGUCUGUUUAUAGGCGUGUCUUUAUUUGUCUCUGCAUUAGAUCUGGUCUGAGAUCCUUCUUUGUCUUUGUCUUAAUGUCACUGUCAUGUGCUGUAUCAGAAAUGUUUAGCACAUUUGAGUAAGGAAAAAAGGCAGAAUGAUAACUUACCCCACUACUCAUACUGGUUUCUGCAUUACAACUUUAGGAAUAGAUAGUGUUUGAACGUCUUUGUGGAAAAAGUCCCCGUGUUGAUUAAAAAAAGGAAAAAAAAAACAUGACGUCAAGUCAGAUGGCCCGACUCUGCUCUCACCCCAGUCACACAUUUGUCCUUCUGGAGGACGUAUUUCAUAUCAUGCUGUCACCAUUUCAGAGAUGGGUUUUAUGAUCUCAGCUUCCACCAUUAACUAAGCAUGAAGGGUGACAUAUCAUAAAAGCUGUGAACAUGCCAUCAUUCCUGCUGUGCCUUGACCAUGAGGAGGACAAGUCUCACUGGACUAAAUGAACAGUUGAGACUGUGUACAGCUGUACAAAUCCAGUCCUGAUCAUGAACAGCAAAGAGUGAAGUUUGGGGCCUCACUAUCUCUCCACUAAAUAAAGUUGACAGAUGUCCAGGGGGUGAACUGAGGCAGCACUUUUGAAAUGGCGACUUUGGGAUGAGCUUGUAGUCAUAAAGAGAAUGUAUGUUUGAAUUACCAUCUGACCAAGGUGCCAUUUCACAGGAUAUGUGUAUAUAUUUAAGCUGGGGUGUGUCAGGCUCCCUGUGCAUCACUCACAGGAGAACUGCAACAGAUGGAAACAGCUUUACUAUGUAAUUUACAGAAUUUUAAGAAAAUUUUAAACAAUGUUUGUCAUCAGAAAGCCCACCGUUUUUGCUCUAUUUGUGAGCACAACACAUCCAUGUUCCUGAUCAGCAAACUGGAUUAAAGUAGAAGUCAGCUUGUAUUUGAUAUUUAUUUAUUUAUUUUAAAUUUCUGCUCAGUUCUAUUUUUCCUAAGCAACACGUACACCAUCCAGCUAACACAGUAAUGGCUGUAAAGCUUGGUGUUUCAGCUCAGUCUCCCCUUUCAACAGCUAAUGUAUAUUGUGUAUUUUGAUAAUGCGAUAUGAAAUUAAAGCCUUGAGCUUUGUUAAUUUUUUUUUUUUGCCAUCGAAGUAAGAUAGAUUUUAUUUGAUUAAAAAUGUUGAACACUGUAAACAAGAAAAGUUACUUAAAUUAACUAGACUGCAAUUGAAGUGUGUGUUUCAUUUAUCACUCCCUAUAAUCAAUAUACAGCACACACUAGUGUGUUUAAUGUGAUUACAGGAAAAAAGCUCUACAUGCAACAAUUAAGGGGAAAAUCACUCAGCAACAGUUUGAGGCUCUUAAACUGAUUAAAGGACACACAUAUUUACCUCUCCUCUUUACAAAGAAAAAACAAAAGUCAGCUGUUGGGGCAGAUUUUUGAUAAAUACUCGGUAGUCUGCUUGAUGGCAAAUCCAUGAGUUCAACACUGACAUAACCAGUUUUAAUGGUACAGUGUGAAAAUAAUCCUUAUUCUGAGGCUGAACCGGGUGACAGUAGAUGACCAAAAUAACAUUUUUUGUUUAGAUUCUCUCACAGACUUUUAAAGAUGUUAAGGAGGAGCAGUGCUGCACAAAUAAAUAAUGUUUCAAGCAAGAUGUGAAUCACUCCUUCUGAUUGUGUGAUAAACAGAUGCAUGUUUAUGUAGUGCUCGAAAGGUCAUACUUGUAGUGUUUGAGGCCAUUUCAGACUAUUCAGCUUCUUUUUCCUUGGUUGUUCAUUAUGUCAGCAUUAACACUGUCUUUCUCCCCAUCCUAUAGUGAACAUCGGAAAUAAUUUAGAUGAUCAGCACAAAAACACUUCUGUGAUGCUUCCCUAAGCUACUCUGCUUCCUUACUUUGUCCUUGUCUGCUGUAAUAAACAGUGAUACUGGCUUAGUGUGUGUUGAAUGGUUUUCUGUCACUUGUGCAGCAGAGUGAAAAUGAAUUUCGCCGAGCAUACUGUAGAUGUGCAUAAACAGGAUGACAAAGAAACUGUAGAGCCUGUAAAUGUCUAACAGAAGGUGCUGCACUCGGGUAAUUUAUGAAGUGUUGUUUAUUGAUGGAGAUAGCUCUGCAGAUUUUAGAAAUCCACGUGACUGCUAGAAACUGCAAGCCAAAACCUGUUCUCUGGUUUUAUAACUCAAAAAAAGGGGCUGCAGGGGUGCGUGUGAAGAUGGAAAGUGUUGCUGUACAAGCUGCAUUGAUUAAGUUGACAUACCUGUUGUGCAGAAAUGUUAGAUAGUAAUGCCCUGCCCUUGACUGUAGGGCCUCACCAGUUUGUUGCACCACAGAGGCUACAACAGAAAGGAUGAGUGACUCUCUCAGUCUCAGGGGGUCCUUAAAGGAUGGUUGGUGUUUUUUGUGUUUUACUUUGGAUAGAUAUUGGAUAUUUAGAUUAAGAAGCUCUAUCUAUCUAUCUAUCUAUCUAUCUAUCUAUCUAUCUAUCUAUCUAUCUAUCUAUCUAUCUAUCUAUCUAUCUAUCUAUCUAUCUAUCUAUCUAUCUAUCUAUCUAUCUAUCUAUCUAUCUAUCUAUCUAUCUAUCUAUCUAUCUAUCUAUCUAUCCAUCCAUCCAUCCAUCCAUCCAUCCAUCCAUCCAUCCAUCCAUCCAUCCAUCCAUCCAUCCAUCCAUCCAUCCAUCCAUCCAUCCAUCCAUCCAUCCAUCUCUAAAAACAACGCAAUUGUUUUGGAACAGCGGUUUUUCGAGUGUCCACUUAAUGCCUGUUUCAAGGCAAAAGACCCUUCAGAGCCCACAUUACAAUCCCAAUAUUUACAGCAAGACUAAACAUGCUUAAAUCAUGGUAAAAUAUCAUUAUUAUUAUCAUUAUUAUUAUUAUUAUUAUUGUAAUUAUUAUUAUUGUAAACUCUGGUCUCAGUACCUAAUUUAUCAUUUAAACAAUUUCUUUACUUUCUUUUGAAAAACUUGCCUGUUUUUAGUAUUUUAAGGCCGAAAUGAUGCAAAAUUAGCUCAUGGUGUGUUUGACAUACAGAUGCAUCUUUUGUUUUUAGUUUGUCAGGCAGCAGGGCUUCAACUUUCUUUGUGAGUUUUUAGUUUAGCUGGAGGAGUCAUAAUCCCUAAUAUUGUGACUGCUAGGGGUGCACCGGAUCAAAAAACCUCACGGUUCGGAUCGUUUCUUGGAUCACAGUCACGGAUUGGAUCAUUUUUCGGAUCAGCAAAAUACUGACGUCCUCCUGUCUGUUGUGAGUGCAACAGAGGAUUCUCAGGAUAGUUCGUCCACAACUUUUUUCUUCUUCUGGUCACAAAUAUCUGGCACGGGAUGUCGUAAGGUGGUUCAAGCACUUUCAGCAUAUGUUAAAACCCUCGUUUUGCACAACUGAGUAUGGGCUCAUGUCUGCAGCUAUAAACACACUGAUAGCGUUUGUGAUAACCAUCAAUCUUACAAAUUUUAAAUGCAAAGCUAUUUUUCACCACUGAGUGAUACUAUGGGUGUAUUGCUGUAAACAAACACAAAUAAUUUCAAACAAACAAGUUAGUGUGAAAUGUCGUUUAAUAAUAAAUAAAAGUUUUGUACAAUAUUGGAAUCAGGGAAAACAAAUAUUACCAUGAGAGUUCAAAAAAGUAGUCUAAAAGAAUUCUAUAUUUUUGAAUUUGAACUAUUAUUUUCUUCCAAAACAUAAAAAAGCAUUCACACUUAAUUCACAUCUAUGGACAUGUGUUAUUUUAUGUCUCAUGGCUUUUUUAUACAACACUGGUUUGAAUUGUUCAUGUUUCUUAUGUAAACUCAGCUCACAUUCAAAAACUGCACUUCUAACGUACGGCAUGUUGAAUGCCAUGUUGCCACAGUAUCUGCUUAUAUUGCUGCAGUCAUAUUUCAUACUUCUGUUUGCCCGGGCUCCACUCUGACUGGACUCAGUAUUUAUCACAAUGUAGUGUAAAGGAAUUUGAAAUGAUCCUUUAAUGGCUCCAACUGAGAGAGCAUUAGCGUACAUUUUGCAGUUUAACGAUCUCCAACAUUAAAAGGCAUCAAUAGGUGCCAGGACCGCGGGGAUGUGAGAUCCGGACUCCUUUAGUGCGGCAGUUUGUGGACAUAACUGUAAGCACCUGAUCUGCGUGUAUAGGUGGCUUUCAUUUCUGCAGUCUGAUGCAGCCUGCAGCCAUGUCAUCACAGUAUGGUCACCUGUCCCUGUCUGCCGCACCGGUUUUACUGAUCUCAUUUCACAUUGACCCAAAUGAGUCCCAGCUGCAGUCUGAUCUUGUUUGUAAUGGAAAAGCAGUAAAUGUGGCUGUGAAACUGCAGCUCAGAUGCAGUGAGACUGGUGAGUAGAAUAGACACUUAAUUGACUAAAUAUGUAAGAGAGAGCCGGAUGUGAGGGUAUAAGCAGGAGCUGCAAGGCUUGAGAUUUAGAUUCGGUAGUCUAAUGUACUACAGUGUAAAAUCACCAGAGGCCCUGCAAUAAUAUUACCUCCAUAUCUAAUUCAUGAUACAAUAUUACGGCAAUUUUUGACAUUUUUCGGAAAUUCUUAUUAAUGUUAUGGCAUACGCCGCAUAUAAUGCUGUUUUACAACGGUCUGCAUGAAUACUUGAUUCUGAUUGGCUGUAGGGUGUCAAUUAAUUUCUAACAAUGGACACUAUCUCACUAGUUACAGUUAAACUGUCUGCUCACCAUUUCAGAUGAUGGGCUACUCAUAAGUCUGUGUCUUAGAAGAAUAUGAAAACUUUGGUGUCUGGAAUAAGAGAGAGAGAAUUUAAAUAGAGAAACUUUUGUCAUUCACACCACUGAAUGUAAUCCUUUAGCACCUCUAAACACCACAGUAUAGAGCCUGUAACACAAUGACAAUGAGUGGUACAACUCUAGGUAUAUUUUCAAUCACAUAGGUAUUUAUUUUAUAUCCUCUAAUAUAGGGUGACCAUAUUCUGAAUCCCCAAAAAGAGGACACUACUACGCAGGGUGGAGUCAUGGAGUAGUGUGUAGUAAAUUUUGAGAGUUUUUCAGGUCGGGUUGAGUGUUUUUUUUACGCGCUUCUAACUCAGUCCAUGCGAUACAAACUCAAAACUUUCAUACAAAUCCUCAAACAUUUUAAGAAUUUUAUAAACUCCCCCCAACAAGGCAGGUCAAGGCUGGACGGGCCCAACAGCCCCCCAAACAGAGCACAUGUCUGGGUAAAAGAGGGCGUAUGCACACCCUAUUUAAUAAAUCUAUUUAAAGGCACAAUGAGGAGUUUUUAACUGGUGAAGAAACAGGCUAAAACUGAUACCAGUGCCUCUUGAAGACGUUCAAAAGCAACCAAAACAAUCAGCAACCAGACUGAUAAAUUCACUGCUGUAACUUUUAACGCUUGAAACAUUACGAGGAGGUAGGUUUUCAGGCCAGAUGAGUGACAGCAAGCUGUAGAAACAGCCUUUUAAAAAAUGAUCCCAUGACAAAGUUACAAAGUGAGUGAUACAUUUCACUGUUAGGAGACAACAGGAUGAGGUUUUUGUCUGAAACAUUAUUUUAACAUGCACAGGGCAACACAUAGCAGUAAUCACUCAGUGCACACAGGGAGCGCACAAACCAACACAAACCAAAAGUUCCUUACAGCAUUUUUAACUUUAAGUCACUACUUCAUUAAACAUGAGCUUUUUUUGUGAAAAUGCUCAUUUUAAUCAAAGGACAAUGAAGACUGGUUGGCUUAACAAUCUUGUAUUACUACUUCCUUUGAACUAGCAUAUCGUUUGUGAGCUUCACCUUCAAGCUGAAGCCUCUCUUGUUGUGAGGGUUAAGAUUUUUGCAGCUUUAAGUCAAACUUCCAAAUGUUAUCAAAAUCUUUUUGUGAAGUCACUUACGCUUCUGUAGUUCUCCCACCAUCAUGUAUGACAGGGUGGGACAGCACUGUAUGUGCGUGUGCAUGUCCAUGUUUGUGCGUAUGUGAAGCUCUUGCUGCGUGUUUACCGCUUGUGCUUCCACAAUACAGUCAUACAAUGUGAAUUUAGCAAACAGGAUCAUUUUUUGACAAGAUAAUUUAUAAAGAAAGAAUCAAUACUUAGCAUCUGUGUAUUGAUAUGUUUUUGUGCUGAAUAUCCUGACACGCUGCUUUACUGUUUCUUCUUUUACAUUAAUCACACAAAGUGUAACCUCAGUGUAAUUGAUCCUCGUGUCCUCUGUUUAUAUAAGACUAAAUAAUCCCACAUAUGUGCAGCUCUUCACAGAAAUCACCUCCUACAUGAUACUUUUCCCCUCUGUAAGUGUGACACAGCUGAUGGAUUUGUGUGUGACAUCGGUUGCAACCUGCGUUUUGUCAGCUGCAGCUAUUAAGUGAUAAAUGGCAGCUGCUCUUUCAGGAGCAACGGACACUUCUGCAGAACUGAGGACAAUCUCUUAGUCUGUGCGCAGCCACAUGUCAGAUGGUGGGCUGCUUUGCAUACGGGCUGAUAGCGCAGGCCAUCGUAACUCAAUCUCAAAGUAAUGCCUAUUCAGCGGGAAACAGGAGUGUGUUGUCAGAAUCCCGGGAUGGAUGUCGGGCCUCGUACAAGUGAUAUCUAUCCUGAUGAAGAGAGAACGCCCAGUGAUUUAUUUCACAGGGAACACACAGGAGAAACGCUCGAGCUGGGCGCUUUUCCCUCUUCCCUUCACUUAGAUUUUCUAUUUGAAUUAAAUGAGGUGUGUAUGUAGGCAGGCAGAGGGGGGCAAGGGUGCAGAGAAAAAGCAUGCAGGGGAAGGGACAUACUUCAUCUUCCCAUUCAAAGUGUUGUUUUCAGCAACUUUGAAAUGAAGGAGAAAAAUGCUGAUAGAAUUGCACCAGAAUGUAUCGCAGUGGACUGCAGAGUACAAAAAGCCUGGGUCAGACAUCAGGGAAGCAUCCUGCAUGCCGGGCAUUUUUUUUCCUCCCCUUUUUCCUGCUCUUAAGGUCCCCUGUGAGUCACUUUUUGAACCUGCAGUGAUUGAUGGGAGGUGUGUCCUUCACAGAACUGGAUAGGCUGGCCAAGGGCGAGAUGCAGCGAUCCAAUUGUUUCACAAAGAUAAACAAGGAAAGAAAUGUCGUUUACAACAUCUGCAGAUGCUGUCAUCCUGACUACCAGGAAGCUCGCUCAAAAGCCCAUCUCAUUAUUGAACUCCUACUGCCGACACAUGGAGCUGGUUUCCACAUAAAAAAGCUGUGCGCAUCAUGCAGAGCUGGAGGACUCAACAAGAGGAGAGAGUGUGAAUGUUUGACUAACAAUAUGAGAGAAACAUUAAAUAUGCAGAGACUAGACUUUGGGUUAUGCUUGACAAACAUGCUUUUGGCCAAACAUACUAUUGAAUAUUUUCCUUUUCUCAAGUGUAGCCAUCUUUAUCAACACAAUAUAGGCACACAUCACCAUCUCACUCCAAACUCCAAACAUGGCUGCUUGGUCUUUGGCCUUCAGCAUCAGGAAAUGAACAUCUGUUUGGCACCUGGACGAGGGUUUCGUGGUUGAGCUAGCAAGAUUAAAAAGACAACAUUUGGUUAGAUUUAAAAAAAAAAAAAAAAAAAGGCAAACAUUUUUUUUUACGUGACUUUUUGCUGAGCAACACCUCGUCAAAAAAUACAGCAAAGCAGUUACAAUUUGGUUUUAGGUGCACUGCUUGUUUAGGAUGUUCUUUUGCGACAAAUUUCCAAGUCCAUUAAAUGGAUAUUUUACCUAAUUUUAGCUAAACACUGUCGAAAACCAUACCACUCUAAAACAGACGGCUACUCUCAAGAUGUGACUGUUAGCGAUGUGCAUUAUGAACUGCAUUCAAAACAAAUGAAUUGAGCGCCGAACCAAUAAUACUAAUAACAGAGCAACAAAUAAUAGCAGUCAUGCCCACAUGAACAUUUUACAACAAUUAGGGUGUUAAACAACAACACCCUAAUUGUUGUCAAUGAACAGUGUGAUAUACACACACAUAAAGAUACGCACACACACAUAAUAUUCAACUGACUGGACUGAUGAUACAUUUUUGCUCAAUGAAAUCAAUAUGUCAACAUGCUCAGGGUCAGGAUCUCAGUCCAGCUGCCGAAAAUUAACCUUCUCAGCUGGCACAGAUGUUACAGACACACGCCGUCAACUUUCAGCCAGUGUGUCUGUGGUCAUUGUUGUUACAGCAACCAUUGAAAAUAGAAAGAGUCCUUGUUUGUGCCUCUUUGUUUAGUUAUUCAUCGAAGACAAAGCUGAUGAGUCCAUUUGACAAUGUUUUCAACAGAUGAUUUAACAACAGUGACCGUGGUUCACAGUCACCUGCUACCAGAGUCACCUUUUAAACUAGCAGAUUGGUUUAUGUAGGGAAAGCGUCUCAUCUCCCUGCUUAUAGCUUCCCCAUCAUCUGCAUACCAUAACUCACACAUGUUAGUUUUGGACUACCACCAUCUCGGCCCACCACCCCAGCUGUAUUUCACAUUCAUGCUACAGUAUUGUGACUCAACUUAAACCUGAUUGAAUUCUUAACUUUUAGGUCAGGAAAGAUCCUAAAGGGCCACCUAUGGUAUCUUAUUUUUGACAGAGUAGGGCUGUGCGUGUGAACUUAAUGAUUAAACUUUAACAAAUACUAGUCAGUAAAACAAAUUAUUAUCAUCAUCAUUAUUCCUAUUUAUGUAGGCCAGAGGUGCUGGUUGUUGUUUACCUCCUUGAUGCUAUAAUGCUCUACUACCUGGGUGAAAACAGGCACAGGUCGCAUCUUGUAACUAGGCAAGAAAAAUAGAGAUAAGGUUUUUAUGUUAGCUGUGUCUGGUUAAACUGGCAAAGGGUGGUGGUGUUGGCUCGGCUAAUGUUAGCCACACUUAGUCGGCCGAUUUGACAUUGUUUACCUGCAUACACUUUGAUCUGUGUUUAACUGUGCUCAGUUUUGAUUGUUUCCUGAGCAUUUUCUUCUGUUCGAAUGGUUGGUUGGUUGGAUUUUCACAUUUCUGCUUCAAGUAGGAAAGUCUUUACCAGAGAAAUAUCCUCACCACUAAUCAAGUCACCACAUUUGAUAAUUCAGGUUUGAGAAACACAAUCUUUUACAGCGUCUAAUUUUUGCCUUGAAAUCAUUGAAACACUGAAGAAACGACAAAACAUAAAAGCAAAAUAGUUUUCAUGAUCUGAUAAAUGACCUGGUUGUAGUUCUUGUAUGCCUUCACUCCAUAUGCGGUUUGCCUGCACAUUGCUUCUGCAGUUGUGAAGUAGUUUCAGUACAACUUGCAUUUGUUUGAGGGCAGCAGAAUAGUAAAAUUAAUACCGAACUGGCGCAAAAACAUCCAAAUCAACAGUAUGCAUUAUCAUGGCAUGAUCAUGAUGAAGCACUAGUGAUAUAAUGAAUACAUUUAAUGUAAUUUUGACCUCCUUGUAACAGAAUUUAAUAAUGCAAAUGUGCUAUAUCGUUAUAAUAAUAGUCAUUAUUAUAUAUAUAUAUAUAUUUUUUUUUUUGUACUGCUUCCUUGAUUUAACUGUCCGUAGUUGAAGUUCGCAAACAUCAGCCAAACCUUGGUUCUUCAGUUUUUGAGCAGCUGGUAUGAUUUCCACAUACGCAGUCUUUUUUAAGUUAACCUAUUUAGACGUCUGUUACACAUUUUAGGUAUUUGACCUUCUCCGUGUGACUACCUUGCAUCAUCAGCAGAAUUGUACUCGUGCAUUUUAAACUUAAAACACGACUAAAGCACAAAAUAUUUCGCUUGGUCAUCACCAGCAGCCAGCUGUUUGUUGGUGCUGUUUCCUAGUUAAUGCAUGCUUUCAAAAGAUGAUCCAUUAUUCAAGAUUUGUUAUUUUAUUUUUGGGGGUUAGUACAUUAUUGUGUGGGUACACUGGCAGAGUGGGUACACCGUGGCUGCUUUUAUUGAGUUGUUGGUUUCAAUCAAAGAUGCAAGCUCCUUCUGUGAUGUAAGAUUGCAUUUUUUGUUGACUUUACAGUUGGUUGUUUUCUUUUGCUUCUCUGGUUCAUAGAGUUGAUCCCCAAGUGGAGGAACAUUUCGUGCUGUUCAUAACAUAACAGCUGUAUACACUCUGCAGUACAUAUUCAUUUGUUACCUCAAACAUCCACAGCGUCUUCCUUCUGUAGUUGAAAACAGCUCAUUUAGUUUGUGUUUUAAAGUGUCUUCUGUUUAUGAAAAUCCAAUAAUAUAAAUCUGUCCAUGUUUCCUUUCAGUCUACAUGCUUCACAGGUCAAAUAAAGAUGAACAAUCAGCUAACUGAGGAGCCAGACUUCUCUUCUUCUGGUGUCUCAACACAAAAUCUUUUUUUUUUCUCACAAGCACCAACUGUCUCUCCUCCUUUUGAUUUUUUUCCCCUUUGGUCUUCAUCACUUCACUUUGUUUUCCUGCCUCUACAUUUGUGCAGUUUUUUUUUUUUCCGUUCCUUUUUUAGAUUCCGAGUCUGACAUUCAGCUCUGUUGACUUUUGUUUGUCACGUUGCUGUAUUUAUUUUUAUUUGUUUGAGGUGAGAUGUUUGUUUCAAAGUUUCUUUUUUUUACCUGUCCGACACAAUGUGACUUUCUCCACGCCUUUGUGCAUCAACUUUUUCAUGUGCAAGUAAAUCAACUCUACACCCUAGUAGAUAGUGCAGGUGGAGCAGAAAUGAUAGAAUAGCGAGAUUUCACAUUUUAUAUUUUCAAAAAAAAUAGGUUGAAAAUUUUACCCUCAUUCUUUCCAUACAGCUUCCACAAACCUUGUAGCCUACAUCUUACCUUACCUCUAUCCUGCUUAAUCCAAUCCAGGUUUGUUUAUAAAGCACGUUUAAAAACAACAAAAUACUGACCAAAGCGUUGUACAGUAAAACUUAAAAAAACAAUAAAAAACAGACAAUUAACACGAACAGUAAAACAAAGAUGCUGUCUUACAGUGUUGUUCUGUAUUUUCCAGACAUGAUGUCAGAUAGUAUGUUAAAGUAACCUUCGAAAUGCACUAUAUUGUAAUGUCAUAGUUAUAAAGUUAGAUUAUUUGGGUGAAUUUUUAUCCCCCUAUGUUAUAGAAUAUAUUAGAGGGCAAAAAUGGCUAGUAGAAAGAAAAGCAAAGGUCCCCAACUAAAGUUAAACAUAGGCUUUAGGGAUCAUUGUUAAUAAUAGAACCUUUAGACCUCUAAGAUUACAAAAUAACACAUUUUCCUAUAUUCUUCAACACCUUAUGACUUGUAAAGUUUUUUUCCUUUUUGUCUUUAAAGAUUGAAUAAAAAUGAAAAAAAGAACCUAGGGCUGGGCGAUAAACCGAAAAUUUACCAAUGACGAAGUUUAGGACAAUUACCAACAUCAUUUUGCCCAUGUCAAUAUAUUCAGUGUCAAAAAAAUAAGUAAAAAAUAAGUAAAUAAAAGUUGCUUUUUGGAUGUGUGUCUACAUACGCUGUCCUACAUUGGAGACGUAACUCCAACCCAUCAAGUUUGUAAAAAAGAGGGACGGACAGGUGAGGAGAUGGAGGACGGUUCACAAGUUGUAGCAGCUGGAGCGGUGGCUGAAGUAGACAAAGUUAAUGUGGGAGGGGUUGAGCAGCUUGUGGAGUAGUUAUCGUCCAUUUAUCGUUAUUAAGGUGAACCACUCAAUAUAUCGGGAUAUUGAUUUGAGGCCAUAUCGCCCAGCACUAAAAGAACCUACCAAUGAUGUCUGGUCAAGGAGGGUGCUAGGGUACCCUGGCAUUCCUCACAAAAAGAUCAACACACUUUAACUGAGAAUGGUUUAUUUAAAUUUAUUGUAUAAGGUUCAAAGAGAAAGUUGAAUAGCAUUUGAAAAUAAAGAGUUAAGUUUGCAAUAAAAAUGUGAACAGAAAAUCAGAGUGGUUGUGAGUCUCUGGUCAGGGGUACAAAUUCUUGUGAACCAGAUCUCCACUGACUAUCUCAUGAGUCGUAUUAAUUUACUUCAUUCCCAGAUAGUGACGCUGUCUUGGGGCACAAGAAAAAUCUGUCUCACAUUACACACAACAAUAAGACAUAGAGGAGCAGAGAGAGGUGUGUUUCAUGAAUUGAAUCACACAUUGAGGCUCUAAAAGCUAGCAUACAGUAUAAUGGUUAAUCAAAGUUUGGUUGGAAAAUGGAGCCAAUGAGGAAAUGCAAACAACUGCAGUACCUUGAGAGUCCUCUUCAGGCUCCCUCCAAAAGCACAGGAAACCUAAUGAAUUCCCAUAUUUAUAUGCCCAGUUUACAGCAGAUUUAGUAAACAUGCUCAAAGUCAGGUCCAGAUUGUAAUUUAUUCUCACUGGCACAGUUCUUUGAACUUCUUGAUAAUAUUCAAGCCAAGAAAGGUGCAACAUUAGUAGCAUGGGUGGUCAAUAGGUAGGCAUGGUUUACCCAGAGGACGAAAGCUUGCCCUGACUUCGCUGUGUUGCUGGUUUCUAGAUUAAAGUUGAGUUAGGUUAAACCAGAGUUUCUGAUCUGGCAUCCUCCAUUAUCUGCCUUUGUAGCACUUCCUUAAAAUGCCAUGGGUGACAUCACUGAGACUGCAUCAAGGUUGAGGUGGUAGAUGGUAUAUCCUACUCCAUCUGUGAGUCAUAUUACCACCAUGUUCCCUGCUAUUCCACAGUAUCACAAUACAGACCCUUUAAUUUAACAUGAUUUAAUCCACUGUUGUAAUUUUUGGUUUACCAAGUGUGAUUUUGAAAUAUAUAUAGAGGUACAGCCCCUCCCAGCACGGGAAAAUGCUUUGUGACAACCAGUCGAACCUUGGUCAUUUAAAAACAUAUUUGCAGAAAUGGCAGCCAACAUCAUGAUCCACCAUCCCCGGGCAUGCACACCGGAGUGAGUCUAAUGGUCACAAGUGAACAUAUUAAUAAAGAAUUAAUUCAUGAAUCCUGCUCUCCUGAGACGUAUUAGCCAUGAUCGCUGAGGAGGAUCUGCACAUAAUUACCACAAGUUAAUGUAAUUAUGCAGACGGCCUCGGCAGGACUUGCCGAUACAUGGCAUGCCAUCGAGGGAGGAACUGAGAUUUACUGCACAUGUCAGGUUACUCUGGAGAUUCGCUUUGCCACAUGGCAUCAGUUAAAAGAGACAGACGGGAGAAGAAUACCAAACACCUCAAACUCUUACCUUUCUCAAUCUGUUCAAUAUAUUCACUUGAAAAUAAUGACGAAAUAGAGAUAACAGCAUUGAUUGUAGCUGUCUGUGUGUUAUUUGCUGAAUGAAUCAGGCCUUCGUGUAAAUAAGUCAUAAGUUGGAGCAUAAAUGAAUUAUACUCUUCCAUGGCCAGAAAGUUUCCUCAUGGCUUCAGGAUAAACCCUGCAGUGGGCUCUCUUUGUCCUCAGAUGCCCACUCAGUACGUGGGCACACUGCCUUUGUUUUUUAACCUUCAAUAGUCUUUCUUUUCUCCUCUAAUUAAAUUUAGUUUGAGAGAGAAUCAUGACUUACACAUUGUCUUUUGUACCCGGUAUCCUGCAGAGAAUCAGUCAAAUUCUGCACUUCUAUUGACGAUGCAGAGUGUAAUUAGACAUAUUUCAAUGUUACGUGCAAAUGCUUCACUUUUUAAGUAUGUUUCUACUUUGACCUGAGAAAAUACACUUCAGUAUCACCACAAAGGUAACUCAUUCAGAAUUUUACCUAUUACAGUUAAUCUUAAACAUUUAAUUUCUUGGCCCAGACAUAUUGGUGGAAGAUGGCUUUUUACCAGUAAUUCUGGUCUUGUGUGAGGUUUCUACCUGUUAAGGUAGUUUUCCUCGCUAUUGUUUCUAUGGUCUUUUCCAUUGGCUGAUUAUUUUAGGUGUAUUUUUCAGUUACUAAGUUUAUAGAUGGAACUUGCUCUGAAUAUGUACGGGGUCAGCUUUUGCCAUACAGUACAAAUGAAAAUCAAAUGAGGAUUUUUUUUGACAAAUUACUCAAGUGCAUGUGACUUCACUGAAACUAAAAAAACUGUAAACCAUCUGCAGUUCUCUCUUCCUUUUUUUUACAUUUUUAAUGCUCCUCAUGUAAUUGUAAUGUACGAGUUGGGCAGUCAGCCACGGAAAUGCUCCGUGUUUCAUUAUUCAGCCCACAGAAUCCAUGUAUGAAACUAAGAAGCAUUGGUCACGCGUGGACUCUAAGUGGGUUUCAUAUAUCAGCUGGAGGUCUCUGACAGGAGAGGACAAUCCGAUGAGGCCACCUUUACUUCUCCUUUGUGUCUUCGGCUCUCUGUGAUGAACUGCCUCUGCUCCUCUGUUGUCCCUCAUCAUUUUCCUCUGCCAUCUCCUCCGUCCUUCCUUACUCCUCGUGCCGGAGCUGCUUUAAUGAUUUCCUUUUAUUCACCAGCUAUCACUAAUCUCACUCUGCUGUUUCUUUGUCCAUAGGUGCUCUCACUGUAUACUUAAUGUUCAGCAGUGCUGAGCAGUGUUAGUGCUACAGUAUAAGGUUAUCAUUCCCAGGUGAUGGUGAAAGAUGCUGCUUGAAUUUGAUGGAAAUUCCCACAAAGAUUGAAUUACCUUUAAAUUAAAAAACAAAAUCCGAUCUAAUCAACAACAACACAUGACAGCUUUUUUUGUUUGUGUCUUUGAAAGUGAUUUUAAAAGUUUAUUUUAGGCCAUUUUGCCUUUAUUGAAAGGACAACUGUAGAAAAAUGGGGAAAUGUGGGGAGCAGAGAGUGGGGGGAAGACAUGCAGCAAAGGCGCAUGAUUUAGCUGGAAACACCUGACCCUUAAAUGGUUUGACGCUUGAACAGUUGAUGAAAAUUAUAGAUGUCUGAGUUAAAGGCAUAUUCCAGCAACUGUAACACAAGGUUUGUGUUUUCGAGUUUGACGAGUCAAUCACCGAGUGCAGUGGAGUCUCGCAGCUCAAGGAGGAACAUUUAUGAUCAUUACUUUAUCAUUUCCAUAUGGUAAUAAUCAUCAUAUUAAUUAUUUUGCACUUCAGACGCAGUAGUUCCUCUGCCUUAGCAUCUCGGUCUGAUUGCAUUUCCAUGAAGUAACAAUCAUGUUCUUCCUUUAGCUGUGAAACUCCGCUGCACUCUGUGAUCGACUCCUCAGGGCUCCCCCACAAACAAGCGGCUGCUGGUGGAGAGUGACAAGAGUUGGACAAAACUUAAUAUGAAUCGGUCAAUCUAGUGUAUAUUUUACUAGCUGUUGGGAAUAAGAAGUGAACAGAACGGCUUGGAUAUAGAAGUUCAACAUUUUUCUACAUGUGAAAACAUUAAAUGAUAUAAUCUACGACUGCAUCCAUUGUCCAUUGUCACUAAUUCUGGAUAGCAUAAGUGACACCGUGGACAUCUGGAUUAUCCACCUCAAACCAAAAGAGUUCAGGUAUGUUUCAGUGCUGCUCGUGGAUGUUUAUAUCAGGGUGCUGAUGGCAGUUUAAGCGCUCCACUUAUUGAGCCCUUAGUCUUUGUUGCAGUGGUUGGUGGUUCAAGUCCCACCCUGACCCUUCGCUGCAUGUCUUCCCCUGCUCACUCCACCCCACAUUUCCUGUCUCUCUUCAGCUGUCCUAUCCAAUAAAGGCAAAAAAAAAAAAUCCAAAUUUUUAUCUCCAGGCUGGAGGAUGACGAUAUGUUCCUGUUUUAUUUUUAUUAUUAAUUUUAUAAAUCAAAACCUUCUGCUUUCGUGCUUUCCAUCUUCGACUUCAUCCUCCUGAUCAGCAGCAUCAUUGGUUUUAAGUAUAGGAGAGUAUAUAUUGUAACCCCCGUCACUACUGCUCAUGGUUUGUGUCACUUGAUAGUGUAGGUGGUGCUAUAUUUUAUUGCAUGCACAAAAAGCUGUAGUUUCUAUAUUUGUUUUUCAUGGUUACAGGUGGGCACUCAGAGGAUGGAUUUGAACAAACAUGUUGUGCGAGGUCCUGCUGUAUUGGCUUGAAGAGAUGUAAUUUGUUGAUCAAGCAACUUUUAAAUGUUCCUGAAUAUUAAUUUUAAGUUUGAAUAUUUAUAAAGUCAGCAUGGUGGCUCAGUGGAUAACUCUGUUGCCUCACAGCAUGAAGGUCCAGGGUUCAAGUCUGUCAAUCUGUUCAACACAGAGCUCUCAGUGUGCAGCGUGAAGCUGCCUGUGUGUCUGAGUGGGUGUCCUCCGGGUGCUCCACUUUCCUCCCACAGUCCACAGCAGGUUAGGUCAACUGGAAACUCUCAAUCGCCCGUAGGUGUGAAUGUGUUUGUCGCUAUAUAUGCAUGUUAGCCCUGUGAUAGACUGCUGACUCUGUCAUCCAGUGCAUGCUGGGAUAUGAGCUCCCAGCUGCUCGAAAAUCUUGAAGGAUCAUAUAGAAACAAGAUGAAAUAAAUACAUUUGAAUCAACCAGAAGGCUACAUUUUCAUCCAUUACUAAAAGACUUUGAACUUUAAGAGACCUUAUGCUUUUCCUUUUACCAGUUAAACUCUUGUUUGCCAUUGGAGGGGUUCAUAUCAACACAUUUAAUUAAAUUUAUUAAAUGUGAACUGUAGAGAUAUACCUGAGGUCCUAUGGUGAAGGAUACAUGAAUUUGGCCGUAUCCGAUGAUCAUGGUUGUUCAAAAAAGCUCCCUUUGCAGUGUCUUUGAAUCCUCUUAUGAUCAUAAAACAGUCUUUAAAUUGCUAUAGUUAUGUUUUUUCUAUAAGAAAUGUCAUGGUGAAAUUACAUUUCAUGUCUAAUCCAGAUUUGACCGUCUACUGAAUGCUGAUGUUGGAGAAGUGCCUUCAUACUCAUCAUUUCCAUCUUUCUUGGUGUGUGGAGACAGUAGGACUGGUAUUAAACAAGAACAAUCUUGAUCAAACCCUAAAUAUGAUCAUAUUAUGGUGACAAUAUAUCUGUCACCCAUGGAACAUUAACUGCAGAUCUUGAACUUUUAUUUAUUUAGCUUACCUGGAAUGAUUUGAGUCACCGAACCUUAUGAUAAAUUUAUGGACAUGAUCACACAUCACAAUACCAAAUGAAUUCAGCCCAAGAGCUCAUGUUUAAAAACUGCUUUGAGUGACUAAAGUGUAAGAUAUUGUCGUCUAUAGAUUUGAACCAAAUCAGUAACUAUCAAAGGCAGCCUUGGGUUUUUUUCUGCCUUUCCUGCGUUCUCUGCGGUGGCUUCGGUUCCUUUCUGCCAAUAAGAAAAUAAUUGAUGAGGCUGUUGUUAUUGAAGGCAGAUGAAGAUUUUGCUGCAGCGUAACAUUUUGUUUGCUGAUGUCUUGAAGAAAGAGCUUCAUGAGAGCAGAAGCCAUUGAAAACUAAAGCAAACACAGACUCAGUCGGAUAAAUCAUCAUGCCUCUCCUGCAACACUGUAGGGAAAAUGCUGCACAGUUGCUAUGGAACCCUCUGUUGCUAGGCAAUGGGUUGAUUAUCAGAGUUUUUCCCUUUAUUUAUAUAUAUAAGAGACAGAGCGGUGUUUUCUUCUCUGUCCAGCAAAUUUGUUUGCUGAACUGACAGGUUUUUACAACCGACGAGACUUGUUGAAAACGUGAAAACUCAUCCCUUGACUUUGCUUGGAUGUGGUUCAUCCAUUUUGAUAUGUUUAUACUCUAAACUCCAGUGUGUUUGGCAUGCUGAAUAUUUUAACAAGGAAAACUUGCAUAAAAUGUCAACAUCAUAAAAAGGUUUUGUUGAUAAACAGGACUGUGGGAGAGAGGCAGUGCUUCUCCUUCCUGUGUAAAACAUAUAGAAACGUAUCUCUGGCUUUAAGCAGCCUCUUUUUAAUCAGGUUUCAUCAUGCGCUCAUGCUGUGAGGUGCCGCUAGUAGUCUCCUCCUCUGCUGAAAUCUCAUUUUUCCUGACAUGAGAAGGGAAUCAACCCAGAUAUGCCAAAAUAGUCAACUCACCUCCUGAUCUCAGCACCUGUUUUCUGCUAAUUUAUGCUGUUCUGUUCAUUAAAGCAUCAAGUUAAUAAGCUGUCGAGAAAAAGGGGAAUACCAUCAUGUUGCCCUCUUGUGGACUCAGAUACCAGACUAAUUAAGCUUGUUGUUAUUGGAGAAAGUAAUGAUUUUUUUAUUUGUUAAUGGUUAUUUUGUCCUGCUUUUGAAGUAUGAUUGUCUCAUAUUUCCAGACACAAUUCAGGGUGUCCACAGUGGACAUCACUGGUCAUAGUACAAAGUGUUAACGCUCGCCAAGUCCACCACAUAUGAACAGGGAUGUCUGACUUUCUGCGUCCUUAAAGCACAGAUUUCCAUUUUUCUGUCAAUGAAGUUUGAAAAUUUGAUGAAUAAUAGAUUGGCAAAAAAUCUGCGUCCUCUCUUUUGCACAUAUCCAAUAACAUACUCCUGUUCCUUCUCCUCUAAUAGGGACUAUGCAUGUGAUGUCAGGGGUUGUGGAAAUCACAAUGGUUUUACCUGCUGAUUAGCGUAAAGUAUUUAAGUAACAGCAUCAGUGUUCAGUCUGAAUGCUGUCAAAAAUGUGAAAGAGCUGUUGUGGGAUUGACCAUUUUAACAGAUGUGACAAGGAGUCAGGGGAAUCUUUAACAUUAGCCAAAAGGCCAAAGAAAAGAGGAGUAUGGUUCACUGCAUUUUGGAGAAAGAUCAAGGAUUCAGGCUCUAAAACUUGGAUUCACCAUUUUGCAUCAGUAAUGUUAGAUUUCAGCUGGAGUUAUCUAGAAAAUAUAGAAAAACUAAAACAAAAUACUCUAAUUGGCCGUGCAUUUUAUUUUUACCACCAACUUUAACCUUUGAGAACAAUCAAACAUCAAAGAAACCAUUCGUAGAUAGCGCUGGUAUAGUAUUAAGUAAAUUUACCUAGAGCCGUUCUUGUUUAAUUGAAAAGACUCCUCAAUCCAAGACAACAAGUGACCAGUGGAGGUAGAUGACAGUGGUUGCUCACAGUGGACCCUCACCACACAACUGUCAAAGUAAGAGCAGACUGAGAGCUUGACUGUUUUUUUCAGUAGCUGGUAGAAUUUGAAACUCCACAUGUUGAAAAUGAAACAGGCGGUACUAAACAGAGCAACGCAGCAGUGCAGAAGUGACAUGUUGUUGAUUUAGGGCAAUAGAAAUCAUCCCAGAGGGACAGUUAAGAGACCCCCAAAAUAGACUGUGUCUGAUAUGCCAGUGUGACUUAUGCUACAGAUUUUAUGGUGGACAUAUAUAAUGUCAGAGAACUGGCCACUGCACAGCAUCAAUAUCUACAGGUCUCUUGUCUUUGGAAAACUGGAAGGGUUUUUAACUAUUCUUCAUUUAAGCUGAUAUUUGUCCAACUUUCUUCUGUUUUUGUUGUUUCUCCACUGAAAGCCAUGGGCAUGUUGCAGGAUAUUUCUGUUACGGAAAAUAAUCAAAUGAUGUCCGUGUUUUAGUGUCUCCUGAAGAAGAAGUCUCUGGAAGAAUAUGUGUCUCUUGAAAAAUGUGCCUUGGCUCACAUCGAGAAUUUAUAAUUGCAGCAGUUAAUGAUUUUUGCUAAUUUGGCGAGCUCUCAGCCAGGCUCCACAUUAUCCGUGACCUCUGACCAGCCAUUACUGCAUUUAUAUAGUCCAAGGUAUGGCUGCCAUUGUCUUCACAUUGACAUGGAUGUUCCUUUUAAAUCAGUUUAAGCUUGCAUUUGUAAGAUUGCUACAGCACUGACAGACAUCACUGGGGUUUGGAGAUGUUGGAUAUCUAAGACCUGUUUACAGUGACAGGUAAUUCAAAUUAGAAAAACAAGACUAGCACUUAGUUAGGAGAUCUUUUCUAGAGUUAGAGACACUGCCCCCAGCUGAUGUUUGAAUAUGUCUUUUCAUGUUCUGACCACUGUCUGACACUGAAUUUAUACCGUUUAGAUAGGAACUCUGUUACCGAGGAAAACAUUAACUAGGGCACCCUCACUGCCCACUACAUCAGAGUGGCUCGUCUGGCCCGGGGCGAGAUAAGACUGUCAGACUGGAAGCUGAAUGUGGCGACACGUUGUUGGAGCUGAGAGGACAGCAUACAUAGAUAAUGAGCAAAGGAGGGGACAGCUGAGCUAAAUAAAAAAGCAACUGUCAACAAGGGGUGAAAACAUGAUAAGCACAGUGAGAUGCAUGACUGGCUGGUUUUCAGAGUCGUCGAGGGAAUUUGCUCGACACAGCAGCUGUCCUUGUUGCAAAGUUCCUGGUCUGGGAAUAAAUCCUGGAGUCAUGGUCCAAGUAACACACCUAAUACAAAAUACUGAAUCUAAGUGGUGUGACUGAAUCAAAUGAAACUUUAAACCAAGAACCAAGGAGUUUAGUGUGACCGUGCUGGAGCCCACAGAAAGCAUUCAUUCAUUAAACUUUCUAUCAAGCGUUUCUGCACAACAUUUUAUGAAUGUACAGUAAACUUUAUAGUAAAUGGGGGGUUAUGCAAAGAAACUAUGGUUUUUGCCACAGUGCUAACAGGCAUAGUUAAAAUGUGGAGGAACUCCUUAAAGCAGAUUGGUCUGAUAUGAUGUGUGUGAUGAGGUAGGCCCUCAUGGUGCGUCUGUCAAUGAGAGAUAAUGCAGUUAGUGCAGUUAAAGACCCACUCCAAUGGAAAUCACGUUUUUCUUGUUGUCUACAUGUUCAUAUGCCAUUUUUCUGAUGCUACAGGACAUAUCAUGAGAAAAGUAAGUGCGAAAUUGAAUUUUCGAGCAUUUCUGCAUUCAUAUCCCUGUGAAUCUCUGGCAGACCCAAACAGCAGGUUCAGAUACAGCGAGAUUUCCUACGUAGCAAAUCCAAGCUCCGCCCCCGGGGCCCCACUAUGCAGGCCACACUUGGAAAAACAGAGAGGACGAUCGUGAAACAAGCAUGUGUGGUAGCAGAUUACAAUGCUCAUAAGAAAGCUAAUUAUGAUAUUAGCAUGCCCAUGACUCAGAGGCAAAUUGCUAAUGAUCGACUGCAGCUCUGCAGAAGAAAAGCCCUUGAAAAUGACACAAGUAAUGGGAUUUUGGCUAAAAACUUCAUAAUCACAAAGACCACUGAGAAAACUUUAAGUAAUUAAAAAAACGAUCAGAGUGGGACUUCAAAACGCUGAUACACAAUCAGACCCCAUCAGAUCCAACCUGUUUUAGUUGUGAUGUUAAGCAAAGAUUCAUCAUCAGCCUUAUCUUACAGUCCUUGACAAAAUUGGCUGUCCAUUAUUAGUGGUGUGAACUGUGGGUGCUCAUGCAGAGAACCAUCAUCUCUCUCAACUAAAGCCAUCAUAACCACCACUUAAUGACCUACCUGAUCUGAGUGAGGUUUGAUCUGCCUUUGCUCCACUGUCAACCAAGGAGACGGAUGACAUAAAGGUCCGACAAUGACGCUAAGAUAAACACAUGCAACUACACAAAAAACUGUUUGUUACCUUCUGGAUCAGACUUGAACGGAUAUUUCAGUGUAAAUUUAGGUUGGGGUCAAACACACCAUAAUACCGUAACUAACUCAGUUUUACGGUGUGUUUGACCCUAAAUUAAUUUAAUGCCGGAAUAUCCCUUUAAGUUGAGAAAAGAAAUCACAUCGGCUAAACUCAGAGCAAAAGCAGCAAGUAACAAGAAAUGAAAAAAAUUGAGAAAAAUGUUACUUUCCCUAAAUAUAUAGACUGGCAAAUAACAGAUACUAAAAAAUAUACUUAAGUUUAGUUAAUGUCUGUCCAUACCUGCUAUCAGUGAUGUGACAUGAAAAAAUUGCUGCAGUGUAUAGUUUCUGAGAUCAGCCUCCUAUGAACAUAGAUCCUGACAGUCUGCAGGGUCAGGUGUCUGCUGGGAAACUGAUUGUUUGAACAGAUUUGAUUACAAUAGAAACUCGACCAAAGGUUGUCACACUGUGAAGGUACUACAUGUAAUGUAACCUCUUGAUUAGCCCACAUUUGUCAAACUCUGGUCCCAGAUUGAUACACUAGAGCAGGCAUCUACAAACUAUUCCACAAAGGGCCGCUGUGGCUGCAGGUUUUUCUUCCAACCAAUCAAGAGCACACAGUCUGACCAAUCAGCUGUCUGAAGACUGAGAUCAGCUGAUGAAAUGAAUCAAGUCUGAUGUGCUGCUGCUUGGUUGGAAGAAAAACCCGCAGCCACACCGGCCCUUUGUUGAAUAGUUUGGACAUGCCUGCACUAGAGCAUUCAACACCAGUAUCACCAACCCUAUUCUCUCAGUGAGCAAGUGUAUUCUCCAUGGUAUGUGUUGUCAAACCCCCCCACCAGGCUGCUUUUGUUUUGGUCAAUUCUGGUCAGUCUGUUACGCUUUGAGCCGUACAGCAGAGCUUCAUUCUGGGUUCAGUCAAGAGGCAGAGCUGGUUGAUAUUUCCAGAUCAGUGCAUAUUGUUUCUCUCUCUACUUUGUUUCAACGUACUACAUUAAUAUCCAGCCAGUCUGUUGAAAGCUCCCCACUGUACUAUCAGCCAACUUCAGUCAGACAAAAAAAAGUACACAUGAAACAUUUGUGGAUCUUGGAAAAGUAUGCAGUGUUUAUGCUCUAACAGGGUAUCUGUCGAGGGAGAGUAUGGUUUGCAUGGAGACAGAAUCGUCUCUUUCUUUCGCUCAUUCCUCUCUUUUGCAUAAAAUCUUAACAAAAAGAUGACUGCAGUAAGCACGCUAUUCAUCAAUUAUUUUUAAACCAUUUCCAAGUAUGCUGAGGGGGAAAAAAAAUCAAGCAUUUCUUAGAAAAUGUUUCAAAUGUUGGUUGACAGUGAAUGGAGACGUACUUAUUUAAAGAUGCAAAGAGUUUUUUUAGAGCUGUGUUUUUCCUCCCAACUUGUGAAGUGCAAGUGGUUGUGGUUUUAUUUCGAGAAAGCUGUGGUAACAAAGUGAGUGUUGACUAAAGCAGGGUCAAAAUAUGCAGAGAGGGAGAGGGAAAGAAAGAGAGAGAGAGAGAGAGAUUUGGUGCUCUCAGUUUUCAUCUAGCAAGCGAAUGUACUUUGACAUCUCAUGGGAAAACUGUUACUGGUUGCCUUCACAAAGUGCGAUGGAAAUGGCCCUACUUUUUUGUCGGAAGAGAUGGGUCAGGGAAUAUGACAAAGCUGCAGGGCAUUUAGUGUAGCAGGAGGAGUGGCGGGGGGAGGGAAACAGGAUCACAGAGUGUAAGGGAGAGGAUAGAUGGGCCAUUUCAGCCAAGUGGUUCGCUGGUUAAUAUUUUAGCACCUUCGAUAUUUGAAGAGAAACGUCAUAAUUAACCAGAAUUGCGCGGGGAGGAAUCAUCUUUGAGCCGUUUCAAUGAAUAUUUCAGGGUACAUCUUUACAGUGAGCAUGGAUUUGAGUACUUAAGUGUAAGUCCAUCAUGGUUUCUUAUCUGAUCGUUGUGUUUGUCUUUUGAUUAUGUGAGUAGUUUCCACUCCAGUUUGCAUUCAGCAGAGGUAAGCUCAAACAGACACACAGAGUUUUACACUGAAACUCUUACCGCCUCUUACUGUAACUCUGCAGUGUCAGACAUGAGUGCAGGCACAACUGUAUCCCUCCAGGCUCAGAGGGCUUCCUCCUGACCCUAAUACCUCCUGAUAGUAAGAACAGAAGAGAAACGAUCGUACUGAGCGUUAUGUGAAGGAAAACCUGGAAAUAAAGACCAAAUUAUGAUAACAGUUGCAUUGUUCAAAUAUUUGCUCAUCCCUACUAGAAGGUUGCAAUGCUGCAUAUCAGCAGAUUCAUACAAGUGCCACUAAUCUCUGCACCUUUUCUUCACUAUGCAACUUUGGAAAAUGUCCUCAAGUUUUCAGUCUCCUGACCAAUCACAGGCUGCAUUUAAGCUCUUCCCUCAACCUCUCAUCCAAGGUUUUAAUACAGCGAUGCACCUAAACUCUAAUGAAUAAAAUGCUUUUAUCUUUGCACAUAUGUACAGCUUUUGAAUGGGCACACACUAGAGCUGCAACUAACGACUAUUUUAAAAGUCAUCCACCGACUAUUAAAACAAUUAGUCGACUAAUCGGAUAAUUAUGAUUUUUUUUUCUUAAAUUUAACAUGAGGUUGCUUUAAUUAAGUAGCAAUGAUAAUAAAUGCAAGAAUUAUGGGCACUUCAAUGAAAAAUGCAUAUUUUAGUUAACUUUGCUGCUAAUAGGCUGGUUCAUUCUUUUGCAGAAAGGGGUCCAUGGUGGUUCUCUUCUUCUAACUGCAUACAUUUAAAAUACUUAUGUCAGGCACAGUCGAGCACAACGUUAAAGCUCUCUUUUAAAGCCAAAAUACUCUUGUGAAAUAUACAUUCAAGCCAAUACGUUUUGUUUGUGAUGUCUCAGUCUGCUCGUUAUGAAGCUCAUAUAUUAUAACUGUUCAUCCUACAUUCCGACGUGCCUUCUCUUCAAAUGUUUGUUCAUCACCGGCGUGCUGCCAUGAUGUGCUUCGCAAACCUUGCAAUUAUUUUUUUUCGCCUUACCUAGGUUAAAGUGCUCCCAAACUUUGGAGGUAGCUAUGCGUGUACUCAUAGCUGCUGUGUGGGACGCCACCAUGUUUGAAUACCCUACUGCUUGGCGGAGACACUAUUACGCAUGUGUGACUCCAGGCAGAGAUCAUAAUGAAGUAAGAUGCCUCACUCUACUGGAAAAAAACAUGUCUAGAAACAAUGGUUGACUUUUUUCAUUAUCGAUUUUUGUCGACGUUGACUAAUCGUUGCAGCUCUAACACACACAGAAGUGAGUAUUUCAUGACAGUUUAAUUGAGUUUCAUUUCAAUACACACUAUUUGGCAUCCUAACUUUGAAAAGAGCCUAAAACAGUAAAUCUUUACACAAGCCUCACCUCUGAAAAAACAAAUAGCCUAUCAAAGUCUGGAGAGGCACAUGGGCCAUGCUGCCCCAGUUUAAACCUUUGGUCCCAGCUCCGCCAACGUCGUAACAAAAACAGCAAAUAGUUUGUUUUUUUUCCAGCUGCAACCAUGCAGUGCAGCAGGAUGCAGCAAAGCCACGUAAAAGUUUCUCCUCUUUUGCAGUGCUGCAUUGUUUCAUAUUUUUCAUGAUGUCAGCAUCUAACUGAGGAGUGUGUUAAAUUGUAUCAUCAACAAAUCCAACACAAUAACAGAAUCCAUCAACGUAUGUUUCCCUCUGGAAAAAAAUUUCAGCUUCUUGGAGUGAGCAGUUUCCUGAAACAGCUGAGCACUAGACUUUAAGUAAAAAUUGCCUAAAGAGCAAGAUUUAACAUUUUUAACCCAUGGAUCAAUACACAUGUGAUGCUCUGUAGAGCUGGCAGCAAAAUCUUGUAUCUAUGAUGACUCUGAAAAACUGCAAUGAGUCAACAUUUUUGUAAGUAACAUUACACCCAAUACAGCAGUGGUUUCAUUUUAAGCUUUUGAAGCAUUUUUUUUAAACAGAGAAAUUGUUUUGCACAUGUGGACAUGCACAAACUAGCUCUUGCAUGAAGUUACCUGACAGAAAAAGAAUCAAGUGAACUUAUUUUCAUGCGCAGUGCAACUCCAUCAGCCUUGCUCAGAUCUCUUCGUUUAACAGUCUAAACAGUCCUAAACAUCUGCUGCAAGGUUUUCCAAGCAUUUCGCCAUGUAAUAUAAAAGAUCCAGGUGUUUCCAGUGAAGUGCAUGCAUAUGUGACAGUAAAAUUAUACGUGCUAGUUUUUUUUUUAUCAUUCUGAAGGAUUACUGCAUCAACAUGAUUAAAGCUUGUGGAGUUCAUUCAUCAAUAUUUUUGCUUCUUUGCUUUUGAGACAAUGCUGGAGGUAAGAGACAUCACUCAUGAAUGAGGCACCAAAUAAUUCAUUGGGACAGACUAGUUCUGGUGCAGACUCCUCAGUCCUUGUGGUCUGGAGUCAGAUCAGAUCCUGGCAUUGUGCCCUGCAGGAGGGAGCCUGAGCCUGCCCAGGCGUGCAAACAAACACGUGUUAAACCACCUUAUCCCCACAAGAUCCUGGCCUCUCAGUCACUGUGGGUCAGUGAGUCUUUAGUCUUGAAUUUCAUGAGGUACUUGGAUCCUAUUAUACUUUCAUGCAAGUCUAGUUUCUCUUGGUUUUGGAAUAUGGAGAUACACUGAAGUGUCCUGAUGCAAUGUACAGUAAAAUACUUGCUAAAGUACCGUAAAAUCUGGAAUUGAUGUCCAACGGUGUAUCAGACACAGUUUGGUUUUAGAGGAAAGAAAGGUUGAAUCUUCCCUGCAGGAGGAUUUCCAUUGCAGUUGUGCAUUUCUUUUUAGCACCCCCUGCUUUUGCCAUGCAGAGUUUAAAAAUCCUGUAUUUUACUUGUGGGAUUGUCAACUCCAAUCCAUGAUAACUGGGAGAGGUUUAAGGUGCAGACCUACUGACUGCAAUCACUUUGUGUAGACGCUGAAAAAAGUGCAUUUCAGCCUUACCUCCAUGAUCAAAUGAACUUAGUUUUGGGUUACUGAAAACACCUUCUGUGAUGAAAAUGAUUUAAAACUCUGUUAAGUCUGUAUGGAGACAGAAAAAACUGAGGUUUGGGAGACAUUCAUGACCUUAGUUUUGGGCAUGGCACUGAUAGUUAUUAUGUGUUUCACAUGCAACCAGACAGUGGGCUAUACCGGUUUAUGUCUGCUUGCUUAGGAAGAUGCUCAAUAAGAAUAUGCACUGUAUUCUUCAAUGGAGUUUAAUAUGACAGACUGAUGAUUGCCACCUUACUGGCCUGUGAUGUAUAUGUAUUGAGUUUUAAUCAUUUAUGUGGACAGUGAAAUAUUGAAAAGCAAUAAUAAAAUUCUAUUAUUAUAAAUAACAGAAUAUCCAUUCACGUGUGACUGUACCCGUGUGACACUACUCCAAACCCCCACUGCUGGUUCCCCUUUGUCAUACUGUAUAGUACGUCAUUGUUUUCUUCAGAUGUAUGACUUCAAACUAUUAUGGGAGAAAACACGGUUGAAAAGUGGCACCACUAGCCUGGUCCACAUGUUUUUGUAUGGCAGCAGCUUUUCCCGUGUAAAACAGCACACCACAAUACUCGCAAUGCACAAUGAAUGGAGGCACAUUUUCAGUUGCAUCAGGUUGUGUGCAGUUGGUGAUAGCAGCAGUAACAUUCAUGAUGGUCCCUAUCCAAAACAAAGCUUUAGCUAGUUUAUCAGUCUCUCUCUUUGCACUUUGUACUGGUCACAGUAACAGGACACAGCCCACUCUUGAAACAAUGAAACAAGGUUUGAAAAGUGUUUCUUAUGGUUUGUUAAAGGGAUAUUCUGAUGUAAAAUUAAUUUAGGGUCAAACACACUGUAACACCAAGUUAGACAGACCCUUGAGAGAUAAAUGUUGCUGACUGCUUUCUUCUCUAGUUAUACCAACUUUAGUAACAACAGCACGAUGGCAAUACACAGCAGUCUAUGUCUCCACAUGCAAACCUCAACCAAAAAGCCACUCUAUAGCCACUUAAUACUCAGAACAGCACCUAACUUCAUUAACAGUACAUAUAGCGUCCCAGCCAUAGUACUAGCCACCAAACAUAUUUUUAGCUUCACCUGGUUUUCUUAGCAAAGAGACCAAACUCAACUAACCUACUCUCUUCUAGCAGCUGUUUGUUUGUGGGGGAGCCCUGACGAGUCGAUCACCGAGUGCAGUGGAUCAUUUCCAUGAAUUGAUAAUCAUAAUAAUUAUAAUUUUGCACUACAGACACAGUAGUUCUUCUGCCUUAGCGUCUUGGUCUGUAGAAGUAAUAAUCAUAAAUUUUCUUCCUUGAGCUGCGAAACUCCGCUGCACCCUGUGAUCAACUGUCUAGCUCAGUGUUACAGUGUGUUUGACCCUAACUUAAUUUUACGCUGCACUAUCCCUUUAAGGGUGGCACAGUGGUGUAGUGGUUAGCACUGUCACCUCACAGCAAGAAGGUCCGGGGUUUGAAUCCAGGUCAGGGCAUUUCUGUGUGGAGUUUGCAUGUUCUCCCUGUGUCUACGUGUGUUUACUCCAGGUAUAUCCCAAAAACAUGCAGAAGUGGGGUUAGGUUAAUUUGCCACUUUCAAAUUGCCCGUAGGUGUGAGUGUGGAUGGUUGUUUGUCUCUAUAUGUCAGUCCUCAAAUGGUCUGGCGACUUGUCCAGGGUGUCCCCUGCCUUCGCCUGAAGAUGCUGGGAUAGGCUCCAGUCCCCCGGCGACCCUGGGAACGGGAAUAAGCGGUAGAAAAUGGAUGGAGGGAUGGACUAUCCCUUUAAGGUUAAAUUUGAGUGGGCAGCAGUAAGAUCUAGGACACACCCAUAUGUUAAAGCCAGACUACAUCUGACCUACACAGUCCCCCAAUACUACUGAGAAACUUUCAGACCCAGCUCUUUGGGAACAACUUUGCUCUUGUUAGCUCUGUGCUAAUCAUGAGGAUGACCACGACAACAACAAUAAUGAUGAUGAUGGCAUUAAUGUUGUGACAUAUAGAUUUCAAGAUGAUGAUGAUUAUGUGGUUGCUGAUGCUAUAGUGAUGAUAUGACAAAAACAUGCUUCUAUAAACACUGUACAUUGCCUCUAGCUUGGCAGGUCAGCAUCUGUGUCAGAUUGGACUUGAUGUGGUCAGUGGCCUCCAGUCUGGGUCUGUGCUUGUGCUGUCCUUUCUCAUAGAUGUACAUCACCUCGGUAAAAAUACAUCUCCUAAAUGAGACUGUAACAUUAUGACAUCAAAUUUAAGCAUACCUCGAGAUUGAUGAAGUCAUUUAUCAUGUCAUCAAGUUCCAACCAUUAAUGCAAGUGUUUUGAUCAGCUGAUAGAUCAUAGGCCGAAAUACUAGUCAAAACUAUUUCCAUUAAUUAUAGUUUCAGUUCAGACAAAAUGUUUCUUGCCACUCCUCUCUUAUUUAUAACAACUUCAUGAACAAUGAGCUUCAAGCUGUAAAUAACUGCAGCUAGAGACACAAUUUGUGCGCUUUUGUCUCUUUUGCUGUGAGGGUAAAGUGAAGACUGACAGCUCUAUUUUUAGCCACAUCCAAUUGAAAGAGGAAAAGUCAUAUGGCCUUUUCAUGCUCUCAGAGUUUUUAUUCUGGGGUUUGUAAAGGUAUUUUAGAAAGAUAAGGGUUAUAUUAGCAAUUUUAAUACCUUGUCAAAAAGCUUCACUGGCUCUGAACUGUGCAAGUCUGCAACCCACAAACAUGUCCCUGACUCCUGCUGUCUGCGGCGACUGUCAGGAUCUGUUUUCCAUUCUUUUUGCAUUUCAAAGCGUUUUAUUUUAAGAGGGUUCAGAAGAAAAAGGGAGAGUUGUAGAUCUGUUCUGGUCAAAGGGAGCCUAUAUAUGCUCACAAGAUUAAAAAAUAGAUCAUAUUUCUGAACACGUGCAGUGCAUCCAUCAGCUGAGUGUAGAAAUGAAUCACUCUGUCCUAUAUGAGUCACAAUGUCCCGUCACUGUCUGUACCUUUGCCCGGUGUUUUCACAUAGUACAAUGUGCAAACCGUAUCACAUUGUUACAAAGAAAACCUCACUGCAGCUUAAAAUAUGUUCAAAGCAGCAUUGAAAUCAUUAGCUGACAAUGUUAGCUUUCAGCUGCCACAAUGUGGAAAAAAAAAAAAGGAUUGUAAAGAAAAUACGGACUGAAAAAGUGAUCCAAACAGAUGUGAAAGCACAUUUCCCAAAAAAGAACAAACUGUGGUGAGUUCUGGAAAGGAGAGUAUAAAAAUUGAAAGUGUGAGCUGUUAUGCUCUUCAUUUGUGCUGUGAAUAAACAAAAAAGAUAAAGGCGAACAGCUUGGCAUGAAAGAGAAAGGUUCAUAAAAAUAGAUUAGGAAAAAAGAUGGAAAGCAGAAGAAUUGGAUAUAAUUCAUCCUGUGUAAAGAUAUGUCUUGUACCUUUUGCUUGUGACAGUACAUGCGGUAAAGUACAUAGUGUGGUGCAGCUGUUUUCUGUUGUUUAUGAUCCUUAUGCUAAUACCAUUUCCAGCGUAAUACCACAGAACAUCAUCUGAAUAUACUGAUUCAGCACUGCCACAUGAACCAAUCACUGAACCCUUUCCGCUGUCUCUGUGUCAGCACUUAUUUUUCAUAUUUUGUGGCUCUCGCUGGUGCACUGAGAGUCAGUUUGAAGAAGAACAGAGAGCGAGGGAGAGUGUUCAGGCACAGGAGAUAAUGUCGGGACUAAAAAUGUAUGGAAAGAGAGAUAAUUAUUUUAUUCUGAAACACUGAGAACUGACAAACAUCGCUGUUCACUUAAAUCAUAAUCCACUGCCUCGGGUAACAGCCUCUCGAGUGUGAGUUUUUACUCUCCAGAAAAGGCAAAAAAUGAAAUAAAAGAGCAACAAUGGAUUCUGUAAACAGGAUAGACUUUGUCUUUACACAACAAAAUAUGAUCUCAUAUAAAUAACAUAUUUGUUUAAAUGGUGUUGGUUUAAUAAAUACUAGUUUCCUUCUGUGCAGCUUAACUUGAAAAGAGCUGACAACAACUUUAUGUAGAUAUUCUAGCUUCUGUAAAGUGGAGGUGAUAGCUCUGGGAAUACCUCGCAGUAGCACACGGUAAAUGGUAAUUAAUCACAGCAGUUAUUGAAGCUAUGCUGCAAGCGCAUAGAUGUUGAGUAUGCACUUUACUUUUAAAUAUCUUUAAAAAAUAUCUCUUAAAGUAAAACAGUGACUUACAGAAGUUUACCCAUGUGUUGAAAAACAACACACCAUCGUGGCGGUAUGUCUUUACUGUUGGUUACAUGGACUGUGAGCACACUGCAGCUGGGAAUGGAUUUUCCCUGUAAACCUAAAGUUAUGUGUGAAUACUGAAGUGCUUUAAGUGUUUACUGUACAUGUAAAGGAGAGGAUGUGCAGAGCUGUUUACAUGUCUGCAGCAUGUACUGUAAUCAUGUAAAUGAGGUACAGUUUGCUCUUCCUGUUCCUUUACAUGAACCCCUCGCCUGCAAAUUAGUAUGGAUGAGUGCAUUUUCUGAACGUUGUUGUAUAAGCUUCUGAGGGGAACUGAUCUUUACUCUCUGUUUUACACUCUCCCGCUCUCUUUUUUGAGCAGCUAAGGCAGAUUUAGAUUCGUCUCUGGUGUAUUGUUCACUACAGGAGUAGACCGUGUAUUUGAGAAGCAUUUUGCUCUGCUGAAUUUCCAACUAUGUAACUAAGACUGUGUAAAAAACUCGUAAUGCAAAUCUUCUGUCUGGGGUUUCAGGAGCAGUGUAAUCUGAUGUAUUACUGCAAAAUGUACUGACAAUCAGAUUUGAUUGAUUCUGCAUUCAAAAUCACGAGUUAAAUUGAGGUUAUUGUUUGUAAAAAAAAAAACUGAAUAUGCAGUCCUAAAUGUGAUGCACUUAUUAGACAGUAAUCGCAUUUUCCUUUGUUUUCUCAGGUGCUCCAGUCACUGUAGGAAUGAGCAUCAACAUAGCAAGCAUCGACUCCAUCUCAGAAGUAAACAUGGUGAGUUUCAACUGUGGUCUUAAUAAAAGUUACACAAAAUGAGAGCCCUGCAAAAAUGAAGCCAAGACACUUGGAGCUCCCCCACUGAUAAUGAUGGGCCAAUGAAAUAGCAGCCAAGCAGACUUGCAGUUCCUCGAGUGUCCACUCAAGACUGGCUGCAAGAGAACAAGAAGUCUGUACGACUCAUUUCAAAGAGUUAUGCAUAAAUUUGUAUUAUAAAGGGUGUAAUCAAGUUGAGGUGGGUAUGAAUAAGCCCAUCUGUAGGUCAAAUUUGUUCAUGGCUCAGAUCCCAAGCUCCCCCUCUUUAUUGGCACAAUCAAGUUAGGUUGAGUCAGCAUUUCCAAUAUACUAUCAACCACAUUCGAUUGGCUUGAAAUUCAUACAUGAGAGUCAGACAUUUUUUUUAUUUUUUUUUUAUUGUAGCAACAUGUUUUUCUUUUGCAUUAGCCUGUGAACACAUUUAAUUCUUUUAUGAAAUAACCAUUUUAACAUGAAGCCCAACUGAGAUUCCUUGGCUUUCGAAGUCAGCCUCGAGUGGACAUUCGGAGAACUGCAGUUUUUUGCACUUUUGAUUUUCCAAUUCUGGAGUUUUCCACUUGUGUUUAGCACCUACAUUUUAAACAUUAAUUUCACCUUUUCCCCACACACCACCAUAUACAGAAGUUUCUUUUGCCUAAACAAACACAUAAUACAUGAGACCAGAUAAAAAUUGCACACACCCUUUCAGAGAUUUAAGCCUCAGUUUUCCUUGUUUAUAUGAUGAACUACUUCUGUGCCUGUAGUUGCAGCUCAUGUCUCCCUGACCAGCUGUUAAUAGAUUGAAAGAGUAUGUAAUCCUUCCACAGCUCUGUAAGUAAGCGCAGUUUGUUUACAGUCAGGUAUGCAGGCUGGGUUGUGAAAAAGGCAAUAUGGCUGCUGUAUGAGCGAUGACGUCAUUCCUUCCUGUAGCAGUCUCUUUAUUUCUGUCAGCGUGACACCGAGUCAUUCACAGAGCGACUCACAUGGAGAGGCAGCUUUUCUUUCUUUCUUUCUUUCUCUGUCUGUCUGUCUGUCCGUCUUUCCAUUCAUCUCGCUGUUGUUUCUGAAACAAUAAAAUGACUUUCAACGCUUUCAAACUCACAGCAGACUGUUUUAAUUUUUUGUUGAUGCUGCUCCUUAGAUCAUUCUUUUUGCUUAGAUUGUUUGUAUUUAUUUUCUUUGAAUGAUCAGUUAAGGGCGGGAAAAUGGGAACUUGUUUGAUUCAGUUUAAAUGAGAAAGUCGAUGAACGCAUAUAUUGUGUUGCUGAAAUUUUUAACUUUUUGAGGGGUUCAUACUUGCUCCCAUUGGUUCAACAAAAAUCCCACUUAAUGACAAAGAAAGUCAAAAUUUGCGACUGCCAUUCUUCCUCUUUUUUCAUAGUUAAGGUUCGAAGAGCUCCUGUUUAGAACAUGUCGACAUGUAUCAUGCUGAAACUUAUCGGUUAAACCCUCUAUGUAAACUGUGAAAAACUAACUGAAAAUGGUAAACAUAAAUGUAGAUUAUCUCAGUAAAUGUAAUGCAGUAGUUUGACUGCAGACUUGCAGUGAUGCAUUAGCUGUCAGACAUUCUAUCUCUACUUAAGCACUUUUCCAGUUGGGCAGAGUCUUAUAAAGAAACACUAACACAGCUGUAUUCAUUGGUUUGCUGCCCAUGUUCUGGCACACAAAUGCUGAGCAGUAUAGUUUCUCUGAUUGUGUGUAAAAAGCUCGACUAUUUUCAUGAUAAUCACAGCAGAUACUUGUUUUUUUUUAGUGCUGUUGUAUCAAAGUUGCUUAUACCUUAUUUUCUACCCUGUCAAACUGCAUUAAAUUCACAAGAUUACAGUGAAAGUUUGACCUGAACACAUUUCAAACUCAAACAAACCAACUCCUUGUUUCAUUCUGCAUCAUCGAUUGGUGCUCUCUUAAAUCUUGAACUAAAGAAACACUGCAUGAGUGUUUGCACUACAAUACAAAGAGAGGGAAUAAUAAACGGUGCUAGAGGCGCUGUUGGGACUUUUUGACUCAUGUGUUCAUGUGUUACUGAAAUUUCUCUGUAAACAAAAGGUUAUGCACAAAAUAGAAAAGGUAUCUUUGUAGAUAUUAAAUAAACCUUACAAACAAACAGACUUAUUCUUUCUUCAGUGUAUUAAUAUCAGUUCUGUUUUCCUCCCAGGACUACACCAUCACAAUGUAUUUCCAGCAGAGCUGGCGGGAUAAGCGUUUGGCAUACGGUGAGAUGAACCUGAACCUGACUCUGGACAACCGUGUAGCAGACCAGCUGUGGCUCCCUGACACCUACUUCCUUAAUGACAAGAAGUCCUUUCUUCAUGGUGUGACAGUAAAAAACCGGAUGAUCCGCCUGCACCCUGACGGCACUGUGUUAUACGGGCUGAGGUAAGUGCGGCUGAAAUCCUGCUUUAUUUCUGAUAAACUAUGUAUACAGAUAUCUCCUAUAAUAUUUAUUGAUUUUAUACACUCUAUAUGGGUCCUCGAGAGGUUUACAUCAGCGUUUCUCUUUUUUUAAUAUGUGGCUAAUCAAUAUUGUAUAAUUUUGCUGUUUUCCAUCCUGUUUGGUUUCAUCCUAAUAUCAGCAUUUAUCUACCAGAGGGACCUGAAAUUCUCACAAUGGCUGCAGUUUUCAGAAGAGAUUAAUAAAUGAAAUAAGAGAGACAAGAAGAGUUCAAAAAUAACUUUUUUCAUCACACAAACUGGCAGGCAUGCAUUCAGCUUCAGAGCCAGUACAGCUCCUACAGCUGUUUCAGCAAGACAUUAUCAGUAAUCAUUGUAAGUGAAUAACAGUAAGAAUGUGGUGAGGCCAGAGAAGGCGGCUCUAUACAGUCUCAAGUUAAAAUUACAGACACAUGAUUUAAAAAAAAGGCCUUGAACAAGUAGAAGUAGUGAUUCUGCCUCCAAACUGCAGUAAAAGUGAAAAGUGGGUUUAAUUCUAUGCUAAACUAACUCAUUCUCACUACAUAUUUAUGAGGCUUCGGAACUGAAAUUUUUCUAAUUCAGAUUUUUUUUUUUAUCACUGCAGUUAAAAAAAUGAACAUGAACUUCUUAUAAUAUUGGAAUCAGCUUCAUAGUUUCAUUUUCAAGUUUCUUUCUCGUCUGUUCUGACUUUUUAAAGCAGUUUUUUUAAGUGGUGUGGUAUGAACUAGACAAACACCAUGAAAUUCUCUCUGGUUUGUACUGUUGUCCUGUUCAUUGAGACAGAAAUCAGACUUGGGGUUGUGUAGGUGCCACACAACAAUGGGAAAUAAAAAAUAAUGCUGAUUCGCCUCAUCUGCAUCAAAUGAAGUUAAAAAGCAAUUGUGGAAUUAAAAACUUUUGUAAAAAAAAACAGAUUCCUGAAAUUAUAGGUCACUAAGUACCUGUUUUGUUACCUCUCAACCUCAAACUUUGUCACUUUUUCCAAAACAACUGAAACUGUCUUAAAAGUGAAAUGAAGAGUUCAUGAGCAAUAAAAGAAAUCACUUCCAAACUCUCAGGCAGGGAAUUCACUGUGAAAGGAUUGUGGCAGCUAAUAAAACCAAGAAUUCAACUUCAUUUGCUUUUGCUAGCUGCUCUGUCUUAAGGACUAAUGUGCUGAUUUUCAAGAGCAGAAUGUCUGCAAAGUUUAGCUCUGCAGUUUGCUCUCCGGUGUGCAGAGCUGUGCUGUGGACUCUAAUCCUGAUGGCACUAAGUUAUGUCCAUGAACAGAUGAUGAGCUGAAUAAACAGGGGUAGACCUUACAGUUUUUUUUUAAUUGAUUUAAAAGCGAUGUGACAACUUCAGAUUUUAGUGAAAGCAUUGUUCAGAAAAAAAAGGAAAACACUCCGUUUUGCAUAAAAGCACAACUUUUAUCUGAAUUUCACACAGAUAUGGUAUUGUUGUCUUGAUAAUUGAAGAGUCUGUGCAUGAUAUCACUUUACUACCAGUUGCUUCAAAAUCUUAGCUGAUGGUAAAAAAAAUCAUUCUUGCUGGCUGCUUCUAUUGGAGCACACUUACAUGCAGUGAGUCAUAUUUGCAUAGAAAGGGGCGUUUUUUGCACCAAAUGACUGAACAAUGGCUCAUGUCAAUGUAUGCAAACAACACAACAGCGCAGUAGCUGCUUAAUCCUUUAAUAAAUCAGUUAAUAAGUCUAUUUAUUGACAUUUGCUAACUUUUUCUUGCUUUACUUUGAGCUAACUUAAACGAGUGUAAGACAGCUUUUAACAUGUUACAGCUCACAGACUCGAGGACUCUUCUUGUGCUUCUGUUGAAUAACAUAUGUGCAUUUCCCAACAUGCAUUUUCUGUGGCUUCCUCCAAAUAAAAGCUACGCUUUAAUUUACAUAAUAAACACCAAACUAGUUUAUCCUCUACCUAUGUGCUUGCAGUUGAUCAACGCAACAGUCCAGGUGGAUUUUACACUCAUAUUUUUUCCUUUGUGUCAAUGUGAGUUUGUCUGUCUGUCUGUCUGCAGUGCAUGCUGGGAGUCUUAAAGCGAAUGAAGGCAGUGUGAUAUGGAAAAGGUUUUUUAAAUUACUCCCGAAAUAAUCUAAUGAAGCGAAGGCUUUUGUAAAUCAAAAUGGAUAUUCCUACAUAACUUUAUGUAGGGACAUGCUUCACCCCUAUGUGACCUUGAACAGAAAUAACAAGAGCAAGAACAAACAAGACAAUGAAGAUUGCUAUAGUCACGAUAUCUUUUUAUUAGCCUUUCUUUGUAAUGUAUCUCUGUCAUGAGGUAUUAGAUCAACAAGGGGAGGUUUGAUAUGUUGGGAUCACAUGUGGCGCCAGAAAAACAAGAUCAGUGCAGCUAGUAUUUGGUCCUGAGGCAGGAUGAGUUACUACAGAUGUAUUUUUGGCAACAAUGAUGAGACUUUAUUUAUAAAACGUAUUGUCUACAAAGUUUUCAGUUUGACGCAGGACAAAUAAUAACAAUGUUUUGGUAGGACAAAGGUCCAUUAAAUCCAUCCAUCAAUUUUUGUUGCCCCAAAAGGGCUAAAAAAAGGUUCUGAAUGCUCCCCACCUUUAUGUCCCAGAUCAGUGUGACAAAGCAGACAAGUCAGUCAUCAGUGAGUGUACACACAGGGACCCAUCUGAAAGCCCUGAGGGAUGUCUAAAAGUAGGAAAGUGUCCUGAGGUUUGUUCAAACUCUGAAUACUUUGCUGCUUUUCUUAACGCCGGUUAUUAAAAUAAAGUAUUUUGAUGGAGCUGGGAACGUGUUUUUGUUCCAUGAAUAAAAGAAACUGUCAGUGACAAGGUGUAGAUCAUAUGAGCUAAUGAAAUAUUAAUGAAACAAUCAGUAUUCACCAACUCUGAAUUACAGAAUUGGUGCUGACACAGGAGGAGAGAUGAAGGCAGAAGUUUUUCAGAGAAGCAGAACAGAAAUGCAGUCUCACUGCUACUACAGACAUGUCAGCGACUUGUUCUUUACCCUGUCUGACGACUGUACUAUGGCCUGACGAUGAAGAGGUGCAAUUCGAAAGGAACAUGGUGACACUCGAAGGAGAGUCUGGAGAAGGAUGUAUGUUUUAAUUAUUACAGGGAUUUAUUACAGGCAGGUACUGUUGGGUCAUGCUCUAUUAAAGGCCAAUCAAGUCACCCUCUGUUCUGCCAUGUAAGAGCUCAAGGAUCUCAUUCAGCCAACAGACAGGUCCUGACAACAUUAUUGGUAAGAAUAAUCCAUGUGACGAGAUGCUUAUUGAGUGUCUGUAUUGAAUUAAAUGAUAGUUUUUGUUGUUUUAAGUUCAUUCUGAUCAUUAAUGGUGCUUCAAAAAAGAUGAAGUGUCUGGUUUCAAAGUGACACAACUGCGGAAGCACCUUCAACCUGCAUUACUUCAAAUGACCAGCAGAAGGCAACUGUGCUAAUUUCAAAACUAAGUCUUACAAUAUGAAACCAGAUCUGCUUCUUUUGGACACCUUCUCACAUUUUACAUUAUCUUACCAAGGAUUUUUUGAAUGAAUUUUUGUCUCACUUACCCGGGGAUUCCACCGCAUGCAGAGGUGCUCUGUUCCACUCCGGAAUGGCAGGCGGAUCAAGUACAUAAGCAUGUAGAGCCCACUGGAUCCGAUCUACUGCAGCAAGCGGAGGAGGAGCAUUUGCAAUAUUACCAAUUUUCUCACGUAACUGGACAAGAUCUCUCAUGAGAUCUCACAUGUUUCACCAUGAGACAUUGAAUGAGAUUGGUGGUGAAUAUAAACACCAGCACAACCCUGGCCCCUCCCAUUACCAUGUGAAGAACAGUUCAACGUAUUGACUUUAUUUUAUUUUGAAAAUUAACCGUAUAUUUUACUCUUUAGCCCUUACAACUUUUGAUGCGUUGUGCUGUGGCAUCUGGCAAAAAUAGAAGCCUUGCCUAUCUGAUCCAACUGCCAGAGCCAAUCCGCUGCAGAACCUGACAGCGGACAGAUUGUGUGGAAUCACGCACAUUGAUUAAAAUGCUUGCAUAUUUGAUCCGCCUGUCGUUCCAGAGCGGAGUGCAGCCGUUCCAGAUCCUGUGGAAUUUAGCCGUUAUUGAUCGACAACAAGAUAAUGUCUAUUUUGUAAGUCAGAGUCUCUUUUAAAGCCAAGUCAAUGAAAAAACAGGGAAUGUUCAGAGUGUGCCUUCUUAUGACCACAAUACAUGAUAUCAAUAGAGACAGUGCACCUCCAUCCCUUUCCAUUGUUUGAUGGAAGCCAAACUACCAUCUCAGUUGGCAAUGGCCUGUUGCAGUGGUAAAGACAGUAAAAAACAUGGAUGCUGUCUCAGUGAUGUCACCCAUUGGUUUCUCCAACUGACACGGUCCAAAGAUGGUCAACCGAGCAGGAUGUAAAGAGACAAGUCAGGCUUUAACCUUCAUCACCAAUGGCUACAGGUAGUCACCUGCGAAACCUCUAAAGGUUUUGGCUUCACUCAGGGUAGCUGCUGUGUUGCCCAUGCUUUUAUAGUUAUGCCUGUGAGGGACAAGUUGUUAUGGCUAGCUGUCAACCAGGAUAGAGAAAUAACGAUUUGUAACCCAUACUCCAAACGUGAUCACGCUGACAUCAUGGUGACGUAAGUGCCUUGGCCACGUAUAAUAGCAGAUGUAAACCGGAUCACUGGAAACUUCUCCAGUCUGCACCAACUGAGCUGAACAGACACUCCCAGCAGAACUUCAGCACAUCCACCUCUCCAUGAUAGUACCAGGCAGACCCAAGCAUAGAGCGAAAUGGACCUGUGCCAGAAGAAAACGGCGUUACACCUGCAUUUGCACCUCUGCUGGCAUCGUGCCUGCAUGAAACAGAAAGCUGAGACAUUGCUGUGGACAAUAACAUUCUGCAAACAUCUCAUCUUGAAGCACUCCGCACAGAGCUUUACUGCUAGCAUCACACACUGCAGUUAUAGUAAAAGGCAGGUGGCGUCAAGCCCUUGGAUCUGUCCUCAGACUGUUUUUCUGCAGCGUACAGUAAUUAGAAGCAGUGUAUAAUCUGCAUGCAGUGGUGAUUUCAGGACCUUUACAAGCCUCCUGUAAGCGUGCAAUUAAAUCGCUUUGUUCAAAUGUUUGACUUUGCCCAAGGGUUGUGUGGACAUUUUUUUCUAGAAGAACAGCAUAACAAUAGAUGUUGUAUUCUCGGUUCAUUUGAAUGUUUCGCCUCUUAAGUUUGACCGCUGGAGGUUUUUGUUGCCUUAAAUGCAUUUUCUUGUGCAGACCGCCAGUUUGAAUCCGUCCCCAGUGCUACUCUCGAGCACAGUAAAAUGCAAACUGUGGACAAUCACAUUACACACACUGCUGCACCUGGUGCUGCGCUCUCACCUCUCCACUCACUGUGAAAUGUGCUGAGACUGCUGCUGUUUGUACCUUUUCUUUUUAGCCAUUAUUUACCUUGAUAUCUAGUACUUACAGAUACUUUCAACUGAGCUGAACUUUGUUGAUCGUCAUUGUUAUUGUUGUGAUCAGUUUUAGAACAAUCUGACCUUCUCUCCUUUUCAGCUGUGUCCUCUUUUGUUUAUUCCUGGUUCUCCUGGUCAGAAUUAAAAACUGUGAAUUCUCAGCACCAAAAUAUAUUAACAAAAUUUUUUUUACUGUUAAUGCUCAGAAAUCAACAAAAGAACAACAAAAAUCAGGCUUGUUUCCUGCUGUUAAAUUGCAAUUUAGGGUUUAUUUAUAAUUCCUUACUGCUUAUUUUUCUAUAUUUGAAUGCAUUGACAGUGAUUAGGUGAAGCAGCCUGCACAGUUAUCAGCAAUACACUCCGCUGUGCCACACACUCCUUUUACAGCGGAGUGACUGAAGUACAGUUUUAUACGGUUUUAUACUUCAAGUCUUCCACAUAAACAAGGAUAUUUUAUAUUUUACUCUACUACCAUAUUCUUUAUUACAACGUUAGUCAUGUCAUAAAUUACAGUUACUCAGGACGAGUUGUACAUGGUCUUGUAUAGUGUUUUUUGUUUGUUUGUUUGAUUGUGUGGGUAUUCUAUCAGAGGAGCUGACUUAGCACUAAAUUGGUGUGCAAACCAAGCAGCAACCUUUUGUGGUAUAAACCAAAAGGUUAUCAGCUCAAGAUGAGACAUUUUCAGCUCCUGCCUAAUUUGCGUCAUUUACACCACCAGAGUAGUAGGAGCGUCUAAUCAUGUCUUUGCGUUGAUUUAACAUGUAAUUGAUUUGCAUGACUGAUUUUACUCUAGCUUGGUGUGUAGAUACAGUAGGUGAAUCAAAAAAUCUGGUUCUUGAUGAGCCAAAUGAUCCGGAUCACUAAAAAUCCACUAAGAAUCCAAACUUUGCUCUGACAUGGAUGUCAGACAGUUCAAAAAAGAGCAUACAGCCUUUGUAAAUGUAGAGUAGUCUGUGCACCAACCAAAAAAAUUAAUUUUAAUUUAAAUCCCAUCUCUAUCAAAACAAAUAACCAAUCACAGUUUAGGAUUUUGAUUGCGCCAAUCAGAUUCAAAGAAAGGAGUGGCCAUAACUCGAAACACUUCCCCUGAAUAUCAGAGGUAGUUGUCUGUUGGACCUAAAAAUUGUCAGAUAGGCCAAUUGUUUUUUUGUUUUUUUUUUGACCUAAUGUGUAAAAUAUGCAAAAAUCUUAUUGGGGUGAAAAGUAAGAAGAUAUUGUUUAUACUUGCAAAGACUCAUUUUUACUGAGGAGUACUGGUUUUAAAAUAAAACCAUCACUAAAAAGAAAGUAAGUUGAAACUGUGAUUUUUGUUUAAAGGUGAUAUUUUGGGUCUUGUUGCCUUAAAGAAGAGAGCUGGGGAGACAUGUAUCAAAGGGCUGAGGUUGGGGUAAUACCCAGGACUAUUGCAUUGAGGACUGUAGCCUCCGUAUAUCGGGCGUCUGCUCUACCAGCUGAGUAAGCCAGCAGCCCAAAGCUAUGAAUUUUUAAUGAUUAUUCUAAACGCAUAGUUAGAAUCCAGAGGCAGAGGUGUAAUGGUGCGUGUUUAAAGUAGGUCAAAACAAAUCUUGAGCUGUGGUCAUCUGCCUAGAAUUAAUGAUGUUUUGAGCCUGUUUAUAUUGUUGUAAUUGUAAACUUGGGAUGUGUAGUAGCCAGAUUUAUCUCAUGCUUUAUCUCUAUUUUGGAAGCGAGGAUGCUGAGUGCUGCAGAAGUUGCAGGACAGUGUCUGGGUGUUGCAAACAAAUAAAGUCGCUCCAAACGUCAAUAAAAGAAGUCUGUGUCAGUAGAAAGUGUGCGGCGCGGUGUGUGCAUGAUGGAGCAGCUUUUUCUAACUCACUAGUGAGUCGAGAGGCUGAAUCAUCGUUAGCAAGCUGACAAUCUAGUCUGGUACAGUGCAUCGACUCCUGAGAGCAUUGAGAGCUUUGUUGAGCUCAGCUCUGUCCAGAUGGUGCUUUUCUCUCUUCCUAGUCCUGCGAGUGUGCUCUCUCAUGUUCCUCUGUUUGUGAAAGCGUGGAGUAGUACUAUGAUCCUCUUUAGUAAGCCAGACACCUCACAGACAGGGAUACAGGAGCAGACUGUGUAGGUGUCAAAACUAUUGCUCACAUAUCUGAAAGCCUCGCUCGCGGUCUGUAGUGCAGAGCCUCUGGGAUCCACCUCCACACUGCUUUUAGUUUUCAUGCGAUGUUGGCACGAUUCAUGGUCUGGAAAGCCAGAAGAGGCCUGUAGGAAUGAGCGGACUGCACCUUUCAUUGUUGAAUUAAGGGGUUUCUCCUUCCUCAGGCUCUGAGCCUAAACGCUGUUGUUGUAAUAGAACCGUACACUCAUAUUCACCUGCUGGCCUCAGACAUUCCAGGAAAACUAGCAUUUCAGAUUAGUGGCAUCUUCUCUUGUAACAUAUUUUUCAAGUCUAAAUUACUCUCACUGGUGACAUUUUAAACAUUUUUAAAGCUGCUGCACAUGUGUGUUGUCUACUUUUGUUGUUAGUCUGUGUGGUGUUUGCACUGAUGCUUUUCUACAAAUAAAGUCUUCUACUGAUAAAUUAAGUUCUUGGAAUGAAAUUAAAGGGAUAUUCCGGCGUAAAAUAAAGUUAGGGUCAAACACACUGUAACGCCAAGUUAGACAACCCAUCGAGAGAUGAAUGUUGCCAACUGCUUGCUUCUCUAGUUGUUACUUAAGUAACAACUGCACGAUAGAGCCACAUGCACCACCAAAACGCCCCUCUAUAGCCACAAAUAAUGCUCAGAAUAGCACCUAACUUCAUCAACAGUACAUAUACACUCACCGGCCACUUUAUUAGGUACACCUGUCCAACUGCUCGUUAACACUUAAUUUCUAAUCAGCCAAUCACAUGGCAGCAACUUAGUGCAUUUAGGCAUGUAGACAUGGUCAAGACAAUCUCCUGCAGUUCAAACCGAGCAUCAGUAUGGGGAAGAAAGGUGAUUUGAGUGACUUUGAACGUGGCAUGGUUGUUGGUGCCAGAAGGGCUGGUCUGAGUAUUUCAGAAACUGCUGAUCUACUGGGAUUUUCACGCACAACCAUCUCUAGGGUUUACAGAGAAUGGUCCGAAAAAAUAUCCAGUGAGCGGCAGUUCUGUGGGCGGAAAUGACUUGUUGAUGCCAGAGGUCAGAGGAGAAUGGCCAGACUGGUUCGAGCUGAUAGAAAGGCAACAGUGACUCAAAUAACCACCCGUUACAACCAAGGUAGGCAGAAGAGCAUCUCUGAACGCACAGUACGUCAAACUUUGAGGCAGAUGGGCUACAGCAGCAGAAGACCACACCGGGUGCCACUCCUUUCAGCUAAGAACAGGAAACUGAGGCUACAAUUUGCACAAGCUCAUCGAAAUUGGACAAUAGAAGAUUGGAAAAACGUUGCCUGGUCUGAUGAGUCUCGAUUUCUGCUGUGACAUUCGGAUGGUAGGGUCAGAAUUUGGCGUCAACAACAUGAAAGCAUGGAUCCAUCCUGCCUUGUAUCAACGGUUCAGGCUGGUGGUGGUGGUGUCAUGGUGUGGGGAAUAUUUUCUUGGCACUCUUUGAGCCCCUUGGUACCAAUUGAGCAUCGUUGCAACGCCACAGCCUACCUGAGUAUUGUUGCUGACCAUGUCCAUCCCUUUAUGACCACAAUGUACCCAACUUCUGAUGGCUACUUUCAGCAGGAUAAUGCGCCAUGUCAUAAAGCUGGAAUCAUCUCAGACUGGUUUCUUGAACAUGACAAUGAGUUCACUGUACUCAAAUGGCCUCCACAGUCACCAGAUCUCAAUCCAAAAGAGCAUCUUUGGGAUGUGGUGGAACGGGAGAUUCGCAUCAUGGAUGUGCAGCCGACAAAUCUGCGGCAACUGUAUGAUGCCAUCAUGUCAAUAUGGACCAAGCUCUCUGAGGAAUGCUUCCAGCACCUUGUUGAAUCUAUGCCACGAAGAAUUGAGGCAGUUCUGAAGGCAAAAGGGGGUCCAACCCGUUACUAGCAUGGUGUACCUAAUAAAGUGGCCGGUGAGUGUAUAUCAACUGCAGCGGGGUGACGCAGCUCAAGGAAGAACAUUUAUGAUCAUUACGUUAUCAUUUCCUUGAAUAAAUAAUCAUCAUAUUAAUCAUUUUGCACUGCAGAUGCAGUAGUCCUUCUGCCUUAGCGUCUCUGUUUGAUUGCAUUUCCAUGAAGUAUGAUCAUAAAUGUUCUUCCUUGAGCUACAUCCCCCCGCUGUAGUUGAUGGGCUCGACUGCUAGAAGAGAGUAGGUGAGUUGUGUUUAGUGUCUUUGCUAAAGAAAUCAAACAAAGCUAAAAAAAGAUGUUUGGCGGCUAGUACCAUGGCUGGGACCCUAUAUGUACUGUUGAUGAAGUUAGGUGCUGUUCUGAGCAUUAUUUUUGGCUAUAGAGUGGCAUUUUGGUUGAGCGCGUGGCUCUCUGUAUUGCUAUCGUCUGGUCAUUACUAAAGUCGGUAUAACUAGAGAAGCAAGCAGUCGGCAACAUUCAUCUCUAGACAGAGUGUCUAACUCGGUGUGUUUGACCCCAACUUAAUUUUACGCCGGAAUAUCCCUUUAAAUUGGAUAUCGACGGUAAUGAUCCCACUAUUGUCCGAUGUAUCUUAGUGGAAAACAAUCUCACAUUUGAUUCAUUACAGCGGCUAGCUAUUACCCAAUUGGCCUAAUCUUAAAUCUGUCCUUUAAUUUCUAUGACUUAAAAAGCUGUGGACACACUGGAACUAUAGACUAGUUCAACAUCCUCAUACUUUUAUCACAGACAUCGAGGAGGGACUCACUUACCAUGACAAAUCUUUCAGAAUUCAUCACAUGGACAUAUUGCCUAGAGGACCUCCUUUUUAUGACAAAAUGCCAGAUUACCAACUUUAAACAGACAAACUAAGAUCAGCUAAGGUCUCUGUCUAACUUUGGCUGAAUCUUUGAGGACACCUUUUUUCCAAACCUUCUCAUUAUGUAUAUCAUGUUGAGGUGUCCAAAGUAAGAAGAGAGUGCCGAGUGUCCUCCUGCAGUGUCUGCUCAGGUCUGAGGUUGCUGCUGUUGACCCUCUCUGCUGGGACUCUAACUUGCUGACCUACAUCUUCUGACAUUUCCAAAUCCCAGCUCCUCGCCGUGAGCCAUCCCAACACGUGCCCGCUCACUGAUGAUUCUCUACUCACUUGUUAACUGUCACAUAUAAAGUCCGUUUUAUUCAUAGUGGUUUUUUUCAUCCCUUCUUCCUCUCUGCCUGCCAAGAGGUAAAGAAUUCAUUUCUGUCCAAUACUUGGAGCUGCUGCCUCUGCAGGAGUUUCACUGCUUCACUGUGCUAGCAGGGGUUUGUCUUUUAGGAGCAGUAACUGUGUGCUGACAGGAGCAGUCGUUCUCUUUGAAAUCAUACAGGACUGAGCAGCAGCUCCAGUUCUUGGGCAGGGCUCUGUAGGGCUACUCUGUAACUUCGCCUUAUUUUUUCAUAUGGAGAUCCUUUCAAUGUUUUUCAAGGCUGCAGCAAUGACCCGGGAAUCCCACUGGAUCCGGAACGGCUCUGCUCCACUCUGUACCAGCAGGUGGAUCAAAUAUGUAAGCAUAGAGCGCCCACCGGAUUCAAUCCGCCUCUGCCAUCGGAGAAGAAGCUCUUGUGAUAUUACUGAUAGUUCUUGCGAGACUGGACGAGAUCUCGCGUGUUUACCCGUGAGACAUUGAAUGAGAUCCACCAACCGGUGUAUAGAUAUAUAGGGCGUGUAUAUAAACACCCACAUCCCACAACCUUGGCCUCUCCUAUUAUCAAGCUAAAAACAGUUCAACAUAUUGACUUUCUUUUAUUUUGAAAAUUUACUCUGUAACAGCAUACAACUUCCGCUGCUGCUCGUGUUGCGCUGCACUGAAUUGAUGUGCUGUGAGCCGGCAUCCAGCAGAAAUAGAAGCCUUGCAUAUCUGAUCCGGCCGCCUGAGCUGAUCCACAGUGGAGCCGGACAGCGGACGGAUUGUGUGGAAUGACACACAUUAUUCAUAAUGCUUGUGUAUUUGUUCCACCUGCCGUGCUGGAGCAGAGCAGAGCCGUUCCGGAUCCUGUGGGUUUUGCCCAUAACCUGGAAUUUCCACCACAUCUGGAACAACUCCGAUCUGGAAUGGCGGCAAUUUUCACCCUAUGCCAAUUCCUACCGGAUCCGUUUUUGAGACGAAUUUUGUGGCAGAUACGGGCGGCAGGAAUCUCACGAGAACCAGGAUUCAUAUGCAAUCAUGCAAUAACAAGUUGUCUUUAGCCACAUAGGCUAGCCAUAUAAGCGGUAGAUUAUGUCCUUCCAGAGAAGGAAAUCUACUUCUAGACUUAUAAAAUCACCAUCUCCUCAUCCAGGGUGUUAUUGGGAUGAAAUGCUGUCAAAAAACCAUUCACUUUCUAAGCAGUAAGUUCCUAAGAAACUUAACAUAAGCAUAUAGUAUGUUGCCUUUAAGCGUGUUCUUGAUUGAUCUAACUACAUGCACUAAUAGGGAUACACCAUAAUUAAAGGGGAGGCUGCUUUCUUUUUCUAUCUCAUGUUCAAGCUGUACCUGCUCUUUAAAACUUUAUCAGUGUCUGCCAAAUCAACUUAAGGCCGGCAAUGAAUCUACACUAAAGUCCCAGUUACUCAGAAAAGAUGUGAUGAAGUCAUGCUACACCCUUGGCUUCAUCUCCACCCAGCGUGGGUUGCCCAGACAUUGAAAAUGCAGAAGUUGCAUGUUGCAGUGUCACUUUGAAUUUCUUUGUUUGUAAAAGUGGCUUGUUGGUUUAUUUAGUUUAAUGUCACUCACUAUAACCUGUAGUUUUUGGAGAACACGUACAUGACAAGUUAAGUUAAAUGAUUUAUCUGUUUCAGUGUCUCCUCCCAGGUCACCUUCAGCUUAAGCACAUUGAUUCUGGCUGUGGAUAGAUCCAUGUUUCAUUGAUCUGAUUUGAUUUUCACUUUAUCAGAAUGUAUUUUUUCCUGAAAUGUGAAAAGGACAAUCUAUAAACUGAUUUAGCGCCACUCCAUUGACUGAGCAGAAGAAUUUAGAGGUGCUUUGGGGAGGAUGAGGAAAAUGAUGAUCCAAUCUAUUUGGAUAUCACUUAAAGCUCCUGUGAGGAACUUCAGCUUUGGGGGUAGUCAUCAGAGGUGGUAUAAAGCAGGCUGAAGAACUAGUUUUAUUUUUCUUAUUCCCCCACAACAAAUAUUCACAGUGAGCAAUUCAUUUCACUGAGAACAGAAAGCAGAGGAUAUUUGUUGUGAAAACACAGAUAACACAUACAUAGAACAAGAUCAGUGAAGAUGGAGAGGUACCACUUUGUCCACAGGAGGCGCCAUUAUUGACAUAAAUAAAAAGUUCUUCACGAGCUUUAUAGUAACGUUAACUGUCUCUGUACUGUCCUCUGUAUUUCUUCUCCAUAUGAAGAGUGUGGCCUGCUCCGGGGGCGGAGCUUGGAUUGGUUACAUAAGAAAUCUCACUGUUUCUGAACCUGUCAUUUGGGUCUGCCAGAGAUUCACAGCGAUGCAUUUACUUUUCUCAUGAUAUGUCCUGUAGCAUCAGAAAAAUGCCAUAUGAACAUAUAAAAAACAAGAAAAACAUGAUUUUCAUUGGGAUGGGUCUUUAAAGACAACAACUUGUGUCAUACUUUACAACAUAAUGGUGUCAUCGGUGUUUUUGGUUGUUUAAGUGGGAAACCCCAGCAGUAUAAAGAAAAAACCUCACACAUCGUAGUCAGUUUAGUUGCUGACAGUCGAACCCUGAAUAGAAACAGAGGAGAAAUGUGACACAAUUUUGAAAAUCCCUCAUCCUUUGCAUCACUGAAGCUAUGAUUUUGGAAUUUUUCCCAUAUAUUUAAGUAAAAUUGACACAAACUGAGAGAAAUGUUAAAGAAAAAGCUUCUCCUUUUUUUCUUUUCUUUUUUUCCACGAUUAGUCUAGAUAAUCCUGAUGGCCAACUGACCUUUCCUGUAAAUGUAAUUAGGCCUGAUGUUAUCUCCCCUCAGUGUGUAGAGCUGUAGUCCUGCUGCACACUCAGAGCAGAGCAGAGCAGCAUAGUGAGACAGCAGGGAGGUGCAGCACAGUCGAGCACAACACAAUGCAGUUUGAGCAGCUUAGUGCUUGUGCAGCAGAAUGCAGCUCAGUGUCACUGUGAAUAAUAAAUAUAAAAACCUGUCACAUAUUUUGUUUAUGUAUUAUUUUCUUUAGCCUUCUGGUGCCUUCUGCUAUCAUGCUCUCGGAGGCCCCCACAUGUGCUCAUCCGGCCCAAUCAGCUCGAGCAGAAUCAUAUUUUGUUUUCCAAUUACCUCACGACAGCACGCUGUUCACCCACCAUGACCAAUUUACAAAACUCCUUGUUCUGGCAAUAUAUUUCCAGUGCGAACAGUUUAUUAUUGUUAUCUGCUGUACUACUAAUUCCAGGUAAUGUAAAGUAGAUGGUUGUGCAUGUUUGCCCGCUGCAUUAGCGUAAACCACACACAGGAGCAGCAUUGGUGGCUUUGGCUUAAAUAUGAUUAAUAAUGCAUCCAGACUCUGAAACUUGCUUUAAAGGGUAAAACUUCAUAUCCCCCCCAUCAUGCACUAACAUGCACGCAUAGACACACACUGUGCACAUCAAAACCUCCCCUCUGAACAUGCUGCUGGCUUCUGACACACAGAUGAUGAGCUGGAAAUUAAUUUUUCUAUUUCAUUUACACAGGAGGGCAGUAAGUGUGUGAUGAACACACAGCAGCUGGUAUGAACAGCAGAAAUGUAAUUACCAAAAUGUGCUGCACCGGUAAAUAUUUCAGUUAAAUGCCAAAGACCUCUACACAUGUAAUUUGUAGCCAAAGCUGCUUUUUCUUGGGCUAGUGGAUUUAUUGACAUUCAUAAACUGCUAUGCAUACAUCUUUUCUAAAACUACCUGGCAGAAACGCAUAGUGGGAACUAACAAUAAAUAACACGCAGCAUUGACAAAACUGCAGAUGCUGAGCAGUUAGUAAUACACAUAAAAUACAAUGCUGCACACGGGAACAUAAAAAUGAAUCACAUUUAAGAGUCUUUGGGAAAAAAGCAGGAAAAUCAUUCAAAAAAACAAAGAAAUGAUCCCAAGAGUGUGGUGCUUUGUUUAAUCUCUAGCUUCAUGAUGCUUUGAGAGAUAAAAGAACAGGCAAUUCAUUUCAAAUGAUAAAAACAAGUAACUUUGAUUUAUUGAACUGCUGCUGCCUAUUGUCCAUGUUUUCAUCACAUGACUGAAAGUUGUGUCCUUGAUGCUCCGCACCAUGACCCUUUCUCCUAACCCUUACAGUCCCGCUCCAAUUGUUUUUGUUUUUUUUUACUACUUCAAGUGUUCUCAGUGGUCUUUAAAUUGUGAUUGUAAGGUUUUUACUGAAAAUCCCGUUACCUGUGUCAUUUUCAAGGCCUUUUCUUCUGCAGAGCUUCAGUAGAUCAUUGGCAAUUUGUUUCUGAGUCGUGGGCGGAGACAGCGCUGCUCUGCACACUCCUCUUCUCUUCACACUACUCUUUAAAUGAGCUUGUAGCCUAACAUUGCCGGUGUAGUGGAAGUGGCAGGUAACAUAGGAGCUAUUCAGCUCUCAGACUGUAAUAAUAAUAAUAAUAAUUUUAUUUAUAUAGCACCUUUAAAAACAGAAGUUUACAAAGUGCUUAGACAACAGUUGCAAGCACAGAACAUCAGCACAUGAAAAUAAAAACACAUAAAAACAAAAGCUCAGUUAAAAACAGGCCUCUGAAUUGUAGGCCUGUUUCACUUUUUGUAAGAAACCCAGGCAAUACAAGAACCCUACAAAAUAAAUGGGACCAUGAGGACAAAAAUAAAAACAUAAAAUGAAAUAGAAAAGGAGGAUAGGAAACAGGCUAUUAAGUAUAAAAGAGGAUAUUAAUAAUAAUAAUAAAAUAAUAAUGAUGGUAAUAUAAAUGAUAAAGUGGAAUUAUAUAUAUAUAUAUAUAUAUAUAUAUAUAUAUAUACAUAUAUAUAUAUAUAUAUAUAUAUAUGAAAUAAAAUAAAGGAAAAUAAAAAAACAUUAAAAUCAAUGAAGGACCUGAGAGAUAAAAUAAGAAAAGAUUAUAAGUAAAACAAUGUCUUUAGGGACACGAUGAAAGCUGAUAUCAUGAUUAGCUUUCUUAUGAGCAUUGCAAUCCACUAAUGCACACGCUUGUUCCGCGAUCGUCCUCUGUAUUUCUCCGAAAUAUGAAGAGGGUGGCCUGCAUAGGGGGGCCCCAGGGGCGGAGCUUGGAUUGGUUACAUAUGAAAUCUCACUGUUUCUGAACUUGCUGUUUGGGUCUGCCAGAGAUUCACAGCGAUCUGAAUGAAGAAAUACUCAGAAAAGCAAUUUCACAUUUCUCAUGAUAUGUUCUCUAGUAUCAGAAAAAUGCCAUAUGAACAUGUUAAAAAAAUAGAAAAACAUGAUUUUCAUCGGAGUGGGUCUUAAAACCUUUGAAUGAGGGAAUAAUUCAGGCUACUUUAUGUCAUCAUGAUUUCACAUACAGUAAGUUGUGUCUUUGUUUUCUCUCCUCAGAAUAACCACCACCGCUGCUUGCAUGAUGGACUUGAGGAGAUACCCUCUUGACGAACAGAACUGCACACUGGAAAUUGAAAGCUGUAAGUAACACUUGAAAAGCAGCAUGUUUAUUUGACACAGCGGUAACAUAGAUAGAGAAGUAUGACAUUACCAGUAAAAGAAAAAGAAAAAUUAGUGUAUCACACUGAACUGUCAAAAGUGAACAGUUAUGAAAUUUUGAAAGACAUCCUCAUAUAUUUGUGUUGUUACUGAUGACUGCCAUAGGUAUAGGGGUACAAUUUCAGAGCUUUGCUGAUGUGCAUUGAUUACUGUUUCUUCAGAGUGACAGAUGGACAGGGCACUGCUGGAUCAUUGCAGGCUAAAGGCAAAAUGAUGGCAUUCAUAUGAAGACCUCAGCUGACCCUCAGUGUGACUCUUAACCUCUAAAUUACAUAAGUGUCAUACUGCUCCAGAGUAAAUGUAGUUUAAUAUUAGCUCACGUCCUCUGUAAUCAUUUUAAUGAAUAAUUUGUACAUAGGACACAUCAUUGGUGACUAAUAGGUGCAAAUAAUUAGUUAUUGGUGAAGUGCCAUUAAGCACCUGAUUCAGGGGAGGUUCAUUAAGGAGCUGAGCAGCAUGUAGAUAUAUUUGAGUAUUUGGUUCAGUGAAAAAGUAUCCAGCAUUUUUAAUAAAUAUGAAACCCAAACGUAUCUACUAGUUAUUCCAAAGAAGAAUUUAGUGUUUUGUGGUGUUGCCAAGUAAAGAGAGAGGAUCUGUGAUCACCUUGUUGACAAAACAACAAGACAAUAUUCGACUCUGUAGCGGGAAGCAGUAGAGAGGGUGUGAUAGCCAGUUUGUAUAUAGAAGCACAAAAGGUUUUGUAAAUUUAAAUUUGUGUAAUAUUUGGCAGUAACUUAGAUUUAAAAAAAAAAGACCCAGUUUUAACUCCAGACAAGUUGCAAUAGUUUGUUUUUGUUAAAAAGAGGGAAGAAAUUUACAGACAAUAAUCAAAAGAUAGAGUUUGGCUGUGGUUUCCAAACCAUCAAUUGCAGUCAAAACAACCUUUUUUUAUGGUUAUUUGUUGUUGAGAGUAUAACAAAAUAUAGCAGAUACACUAUUUAGUGUUGCAUUCCUGUAAAGAGAAUCAAACAAGAUAUAAGAAGGAGAGAGGUGUCAAAAUCAAAGGUCAGCGAAACAAGUUUAUUUACUGAAUAUCACAAAGUUUAACAGAAAAAUAAAAAAUCAAGGUGCUUCAUAUAAAAGAUCAAAAGCGUUAUGACAGAGAAAACAUAACACGAGAAAGGGUAAGACGAGACCUUCUUAUUUUGUGUUGAGGUCUCGUCUCACCCUGUUGGGAGUCUAUUUCGCGUAAUAACCCCCUCUCUAUACAUUAUCCUGCUUAAAACUUGGUUAUUAUCUAAUAAUACAAACAAAUUGUGUUUUUAUCAGUCUACUUACAGGGCGAACAAACACUAAACUCAGCAUUUUCAGUCUAGUCUGAGCAUUGGCCUUUUUUUCCUGCUGUGUGAGGUCCUCAUCCCCACAGCUCUUAAUUUGCUGAACCAGACUUGUAUCAUUGCCAAAGACCGUACCAUGUUGCUGUUUUCUUCAAUUUGGUAGACGUCUCUUUUACUUGGUCUACUGUGUAUUUGAACAUCCUUUACUGUCUCAUGUCUUCUUUCUAAUGCUGUGGAGUCAUCAUCCAUUUACUACUGACAAAUAAAACUGAAACUAAUGUUUUUGCCACAUUGUCAAGAGGAAGAAGUAAAACCAUAUGAUUAAUGAAUAUUCCACUCUCUUGGAUGUAAAUGUUGGAAUAUGUGUGACGUACGCAGGGUGUUUGUUCUCGGCAUAGCUUUUGCGCUUUAGAAAUGGUGUUACAGUGUUUAGACCAAUAAUUAUCAAGUCUACAAAGCAGCUGGGUAACAAAGGUAUCGAAGCAAGGCACAAAAGCCUGAAGAAGAUUAAACAAAAAAUGGCUAAAAUGUCAUAAGACAGUUAUGAAAUAUAUUAAUAAAAUUUUAGUGCUGAGAUAGCCUGUUCAUAAUUAUUUCCAUAAUCCCUGGUAAAGUCAUAAUACAUUUUUUUUUAAAUGUGGGAAAGUUUAAUAAAUUGAUAUUUUGACUCUUUAAAGAAAAUCCUUAUAUGUUUAUGUGAAGGUAUAAACAGUUCAGUAUACGCAUAAAAAAGGAGGAAAUAAAUGAGACUUCACAUUAUAUCACACAGUAUCUUAUAAUUGCAUUGUUUCAUGUCUCCCCUUUUUUCUCUAAAUGCUUUAAUUUAGAUAAAUCAAUAUCCAGGAGAAAAUGUGCUGCUGCUGUAAUUAAAAAUUGUAUUUGCUUGAUCAUUUUCAUUGACCACAACAUCAAUCACUCUGCUUGCUCGAUAUAGCAGAUAUUUGCAGUUCUUGUUGUUCAGGAUAGAAGGGCCGGGUGUUUACCCUCAGGGACAUCAGUGGGCAUUGAAAUAUGGAUAUACCAUGAAUUAAAAAGUUGCAAGAAUAUCUGCUGUUUGUGCUUUGCACUGGUGGGACUCGAGCACAUUCAGUGUCAGUUUGAUCGAUUAGGUCGGCAGUUGUUUCAGUUUCAUGGACAAUGUCACAUUUGCUUACCCUGUAACCUCAGAGAGAGAUUUAAUGGUAAUGAAUCCAGGUCUCUUACUGAGUCUAAUGCCAUCCAGGUCUGGACGUAGGGUUGGGGGAUGUGAAAUGUAGUAACACUUCCCGCACUGAGGAAUGGCUCUGCAGUGAAUGCAUACUACCCUACUGACAUAAAUCUACCACUGUGGUCACUUUCAAUUGCUCAGCCGGUGCAGAAUGAGUGGGAGCACUGUAGCAAGUGACACAUGUUAAUAAAUAUUCAUGCAGCUGGUAAUGCAUGCAAGGUUAUAGCUGCAUAGGAGAUGGACAGUGGAGCAUGUGAUUACAGGAAAGGGGAAUAAGCAGGUAUCAGUCAGAGGUGCCAGUGUUUUCCACUUACUAAGGAUGUAUUUUUUUUAAGCCAUGUUUUUUGAGCAGCUUUAGGAAAUGCAACAAUUUCACUAUUUAAAGGGAUAUUUCGGCAUAAAUUUAAUUUAGGGUGAAACACACCGUAACACCGAGUUAGACAUCACCUUAAGAGAUGAAUGUUGCCGACCGCUUGCUUCUCUAGUUAUACCAACUUAGCAGUACACUGCAGUCUGAGGAGCCAUAAACAAACAUCAACUGAAAAGCCACUCUAUAGCCACAAAUAAUGCUGAGAACAGCACCUAACUUCAUCAACAGUACAUAUAGGGUCCCAUCCAUAGCACUAGCCACCAAACAUCUUUUGAACUUUGCCUAAUUUCUUUAGCAAAGAGACUAAACACAACUCACCUACUCUCUUCCAGCAGCCGCUUGUUUGUAGCGAGACCUCAGGCCAGUCAGUUACAGACUGCUGCGGGGUGAUACAGCUAAAGGAAGAACAUUUCUGAUCAUUUCUUUGAAGUAGUAAUCACCAUAUUAAUCAUUUUGCAGUGCAGACAUGGUAGUUCUUCUGCCUUAGCGUCUCGGUCUGAUUGCAUUUCCAUGAAGAAGUCUCUCGAGGGGGUGUCUAACUCAGUGUUACGGUGUGUUUGACCCUAAAUUAAUUUUACGCCGGAAUAUCCAUUUAAGUUUGUUUAGCUAGUUCCAUUGUUUUUACUUAACCUUUUGGGUGGCUUCCCUGAUUUAGUGAGUCAUUCAUUAUGUUGUUGAGGUCUUACAGGGUACUAUGAUGUUCACCAGCAUCAAUAAUUCAAUUAGUUUUUAGUCAUAUAGCACCAAAUCAAGAGAGGAGUGAUCUCAGGACACUUAAGAAAAGGCAGGUACAGGCUGUCAGGAUUUUUAGAGCGAUUCAACACAAAUGCGCCAUCAUUUGUGCAACAGUGGCAAAAUAAACUCCGGCAGAAACCUUGAGCAGAACCAAAUUCAUGGUAAACAGUCAUCAGCUAUGACUAAAUGGGCUGAGAGAGUGGGAUAGAGCGAGACUUAGAGAGUGAGAGCGAUAGAGACUAAUGGGCAGAGCAAAAACUGUGAUUUACAUAAACUAGUGGCAACAACAUUAAUGAUAGUUGCAGAAAUAUGUGAGAUAUGAGCAAAAUAAGUAUGAUAAUAUGAGACUGAUAUUAAAAGUUGUGGCAGGUGGAACAAAGUAGAUCCACAGCAGCAGACUAUAGAUCCACAGGAACUUAAAGAUGCCCCUAAAGAUGUAUGGUUUGUGACAUGCAUAAAUGUGAUGAAGAGAGCAAGAGAAAAAAAGAGAAAGACAGUGUGUUGAGUAGUCUUAAGUCUAUAGCAGCAUAACAGAAGCAGAUCCUAAACCAGAACCAGCUGUAAGCUUCGUUACUAAGGAACAUUUUAAACCUAAAACAGUUUUCCACCUUCUGUUAGACACUGACUUGUAAUGGUUUUUAAAGAGAGAGGCCUGAUAAACAGAGGCUCUGCCUCUAUUACUACAUCCAACAGAAAGUCUAAUUACUUUGUUGUAAAUUUUAAUAGUUGUCUCAUGAACAGUUUUUGACAAAAACUGAGUACUGAAACAGGUCUUUAGCAGUAACCGGGUCUUCUCCCUCUGCACAGACGGAUACACCACAGAUGACAUCAAGUUUUUCUGGCAAGGAGACGACAACGCUGUGACGGGUGUGGACAAACUGGAGUUACCUCAGUUCUCCAUCGUAGACAUCCGCCUUGUGUCCAGGGAGGUCAGGUUCACUACAGGUAAGGCUGUUUUAAAUGUGUUUGUCUUACCUGCUUUAUACACACCAAAGAACUUUGUCACCACCCUAUUGCCAGCUGUCCACCAGAGGACUUUGAGAAGAUUUGGAAAAGACUCCUGGAAAACUAUCAGCUCACAUCUAAAGACAAGUGUUUAGAGUUUUUAGUCACAGCCUAGUCUCAGACUGAGAUUUUACGAAGACUGUGAAUCUUGCAGGGUCAUUAUUUGUAAGACUGAAACUAGAUUCUUUUCGCAUUUUUUGACAGUUCAGUGUCAAAAAAAAGAGUCCACUGGUGAGGACUCUAUUUGCGGUGGUGUGUGAUUUGAAGUGGGUGGCUUAUUAAUCAGCUGUGUGUUCGUAUAUGACAACUCUGAAAUGGCUAAUGCUAAUACUUGGCACGCGCGCCGUGCAGUGCAGCCCGUGUGCGCCGCAUAUAGACACAUAUAUACAGACACAUACUGAGUCCAAGGUAGCGCGUAAAAAAACAUUACUGUUGAGGUAUGGCAGCUUUUAUUUAGCCGUGGCAGUGUGCCAUUACAUGUUGGUGAAACAGGCAAGUCUAAUCUGACCACAGCUCCAGUAUCUGCUCCUUUUUAUCGCCACUAAUUAUUUGUACUUCUUGUUCUUGUUGUUUUGAGUGUUAGGUUUCCUUUUGUGCUAGAGCUCAUUUAUUGGUUGUUUGUGUGUUACGUCACUGCAACUUAAGAUAAUAUCAAACAUGUUUGAUAUUGUCGCAAACCCAAGACUAGGGAAAGACUGAUGUAAAACAGCGCAGAUUACCAUCUUAAAUUUAACGAUGGAGAUGACGGGAGCAUGCUGUGACUCCGCUGUGACUCCGCUGUGACUCCAGUAAAACUCCCAAGAUUUACUGACGACUUUCAGUUUUUAGUCUGGGACUGUGAAAAUCAUUUGGUGGAUGCUCAGCAUAAGUGAGGGCACCAAUAACCACAACAUUAUUCCUGCAGGGACAAAGAUUACAUUUGGAUCAUUUAGAGAGACAGUUUCCUCUUUAUCAGAGCAGAUUGUGGGUGGACACUUCCUCACAUUCGUAUUUUAUGAUAAGCUUUCCAAAAAAAGGCAACUUGAGUACCAACUGUUGAUUUAUAGGAGAUGUCUCUUUGAAUAUUUCACUGUUAGUGUUCCUAUUAAAAUCAUUCCUACUCUAUCUAACAUAAGGCCGCAGAGACUGUUGACUGAGUUUUUUUUUUUUUUUUGCUUUCGCUUCAAAUUCCCUGUCGCUCGCAAGGUAUUGAACUAAAGCAAAAAGCCCAAAAAGAAAACUUAAAAAAAGUUUGUCAAGAUGCAUCAGAACAGCACAAAACCAUGAAAAAAAGUGUGCUAAAACUGAUAAAUCCAUGCACUACUUGGGACAGUUUCCAUAUUUGAUGAUAUGCAGAUUGUAUGUGAGAGACUGAUGUGUUACUGUCAGAGAAACUGUGCGACUGUAACUUCAUUGCUCUGAAACGUGUGUGUCGUCCUCAUGUUUGAGUUUAGUGAAACCUGUGAACGUUGGUUGCCAGCAUGAAUCUCGAUGUACUUGGGUGAUCUAAGGCGUUUGUCUCACACUUGAUGAAGUAUGUAUGCUAAGGUAUUGAUUUAUUAAAAGAUUUAGAGCAACCUGGAGAUGAUGAGGUCAUUCAUCAUGCUGUGUGCCCCAUAGCAAAUAGCCUUUUAGAUUAAAACCAUCACGCUUAUCUGAAGCCUUUCUUCUUUGGUGACAUGGUGGAAAUAAAACUGUAGAUGGAAAACACAGACUGGAACUUAACUAUAUUUAGAGCAAUUUGUAUUGUUUCCAACCUCGUAAAUACCCAGCUCUAUCUGAGGAGGAGAGACCCCGCCUUGAUGUUUAUAUUGCUUUUUGCAUCAGCAUUGUAUUGUUGUGCUUGUUUAAAUUAAAGUGCAGUCAAAAGAGCAAUUAAUGCCUUGGCACAGCAAGCUCAUAUUUCCCUGCAAACUGUGCAGAGGAAUGACUUUCCACCUCGGCAAACACACACUGUAUAUUUUCCUUCUCCUGUUAGUGUGAAAGCAUGAGAUGCAAUUAUGCACCUCUAACAUGCCCUUUUGGUAAUGUUUAGAGGACAGAGAGUGUGAAAGAAAAGGAGAGCAGCUCUCUGUGACAAUCCUCAGAGGGACGCUGGAGCUGCCUGCUGAGAUAGGGGGUUGCAGAAAAAUCUGCCGUGUUUGCGACUUUCUGCCAUGUUUAAUUGGAAUCGAACUUGUCCCUGGAAAGGAAUCCAUCGCUUUGGGGAAAUUAAGUGCUCCAUCUGAACAAAUGGAGAAAUGACUACCCUGCGCGUUGUCAAAGUGCAGACUUUGGAAGUCUUAAGUUGCGCCAACGUUUCCCCCCUUCUCUCCUUUUUUUUUUUUUAAUCCACUGAUGUGAUUUGACUCUGCCUUACUCCUUUUUCACACUAUCACUCCAUCCUGUUUUCCUUUUACAGGUUCAUAUCCAAGGCUUUCACUGAGUUUUAGGAUUAAGAGGAACAUUGGAUAUUUCAUCCUGCAGACGUACAUGCCCUCCAUCUUGAUCACCAUCCUCUCCUGGGUCUCCUUUUGGAUCAAUUACGAUGCCUCUGCGGCUCGGGUGGCCCUGGGUAAGACACAGCCACAGCUGCAUUAUUAAACUUUUACCUAUCGCCACUGACUGUCACAUGUUCAGGGCUCUCAUCAGUUUCAUCUACAUUUACAUGGAACUAUCUGCUGUAUAAAUAACAUUAAAAUGUAUAGAAAAAAUCACAUUAUUUGCAUGACACAAAUGUAGAUUUUAAACUGUCAAGUAAUUAUUCCAUAUAAUGACUAAGACUGGCAGACGUAAUUUCUUAUACAUAUAUAUAUAUAUUUUUUUUUUAAUCAAAUUAGUACAUCUGUGUUUAGCUGCUGUGACAAAGACCAGCUCAUAUUUCUGCCUGAAGAACCAUAUAAAUUUGCACAGAGUAAUUAGAGUUGGUCUUAAUUUUGCUAAACCCAGUUUUCAUUAAAAAAAAAAACACAAACAUCAAAAGAAGAAUACCAGCCAAAGUCAUUAGCAUUAAUUCUUUAGAGAUCAGGCUGUCAGUUAACUGAAGUGUACUCGAAGUAAACAAUAACCAACAUUCAGAAAAUGUAAUCCAUGCAGUUUUAUUUAUGAAGCCCACUUUCAUUGACUGACUGAGGAAGCACUCUGCACUUCAAAAAUUUAACAAAACACAACAUGAAGACAUCUGUGUUUUCUGUGUGACACUGAGGUCAAAUUAACUUCAUCAGUAAUAUCACUGACUGAGAAAGAGGCUUUAGUAUUAGGUUAAACUACUGUACGGUACAGUAACAGUAACCCAUCUUUUUUCAUUUUAUAAGGCUUUUUUAAACAUUAACUUGAGCUUGAGUUUCCGAUGAUUAUCACUUAUUGUCUCUGUGGUCAUCAUACUGGUUUUGUCAAGUUUUUGUUGGAUUACAUGCAAAGUUGUACCUUGAGCACACAAGCUACAGCAUCAAAAAUGCUCCUACUGUACCUGUGGAUCAGUAGAAAUAAUCAAGUGUUAUGUAUGAUGAUGUACUCAUAAUUGUUAUUUAAAUAACAUUAAAGGUGCACUUUAUAGGUUUUUUUUUUAAUGCCAGUAACUGCUAAUAAUCAGAUGACUGCAACUGAUAAGAUUAUAAACUUUUUACAUUUUGUAUUCCUAAAUGUAGAUUAUACGAAGCAAGAAUAAGAAAGGCUAAUAAUGAAUGGGCCAAAAUGUAUAAAUUGUACAUGUACCUAAAUAUUCCAUACUUCCUUUUAAAAUCAUGUAUCAUGAAGUGCUGUAAAUUUAGUGAUUUAGUCAUUCAUUCCUUUGGCUUUUAGUUGACUCCGGGGAACUUUGUACGCUUCUUAAAUCAACCUCUUAAUUGUGCUAAUGCUCACUACGGCUGCUUUUAAUUUCUUAAAUAAAUCUCUGUUGCAAAAACAACUUUUUAGAUAACUUUCAACUUGAGGACUUUUUUUUCUCCUCAAGGAAUACUUGGCAGCACAGACUUUGCAAUUGGCAAUCAUGUAAUCCUCCUCCUCUAAAAUAGUGAAAAAGAAGCAUACACACCAGCUGUCUGGUCAGCUUGAUGCGUCUGUGCUUGUUCUUCAUCUCUGUACAUGAUGGUAGCUUGAUGGGCACCACCCACAUGUGUCAGGUUUCCGUUCCCAUUAUUGGCCAACAUUGUGCGGUAUUAAUAGAUACUGUGCAUCCCUUCCUUUUCAAACAUUUAUUUCAUUGCAAAUAUUACAUUUUCAUCCCUGCAGUUGGCACUUUUGAAAUUUGUUAUAGAGUUUCUUUUUAUAUAAGUUUGAUAUUACUAAAUAAAACAUAAAUCACACAAACUCAACAACAACAUAAUAACUCAAACAGAGGUCAAAAGUCAGGGCUGAAGUGUAGGUGUCUGUGUACUGCGACAGGUUUGAGGUUGAAUUAAAGUAUCUCAGGACUUUAUUGAUGAGAAGUUGAAUUUUUGUUUUCAGUUUUAUGUAAAUUCUCUUGGUGCUGAUCUUGUAUUUUCAAUGAAAAAACUGUGAAUGCUGAAAUCUAUUUUUCUUGUACUUCAACAAAAGUAAUUUUGUCCCUCUGUGUGUGCUCAGGUGUGACUACGGUGCUCACCAUGACAACUAUUAACACCCACCUGAGGGAGACUCUCCCAAAGAUCCCGUAUGUGAAAGCCAUUGACGUCUACCUCAUGGGCUGUUUUGUGUUUGUGUUCCUGGCCCUGCUCGAAUAUGCCUUUGUAAAUUACGUGUUUUUUGGCCGGGGACCUGCGCAACAGAAGAAACUCAGUGAUCGGCUGAACAAAGUCAACAACGAGCGCACGAGAUACGAAGAGAAGCGCCUGAGGGAACAGGUUUGCAUCCUCAUCUGCUACCUUUCUUUGCACCCGACUUCUCUGUGUCAGUAAGAGUUCAAGUACAACACAAGUAUAAGAUUUGGAGCCAUUUUCAUUUAUCCAAAGACACAUACAGUGUACCGUAUUCCCUGAAGUAAUCUUCCAGGAGCAUACUAAUGCCACCACAGCCCAAUAUGCAUUCACCGACCAUCAUCCAUCGCUUCCCCUCAAGCACUGACUGCUCCUUAUCGAGCAAAGCCUCUCUCAUUGAGAUAAUGAUUCAUGUAGCUCAACAGUGGUGUUAACAUUCUCAUUUCUUAUUUAGGUUGUCGUCUAUGUAAUGCUGUAGGCUUCAUUCACUCUCAGUCUGCUGCUUCUGUGCAGUAAUAUUUGUUCUAACUGGAUAUAAUAAAAAAAUGUGGAAUAAGAAGUUUUAAUUUGGCAGUCCUACACUAACAUGGUCAGACUGAAUGAAGCCACUCCUGGUGUUUUCUGUGUGUGAAGUAUUUAAUGCUUUUUCUAACUUGUACCUGUUUACUCUGUGUCUAAUGCAUUGUGUAAUCUUUGGAAGAAAUUGUACUUAUUUGCCAGGAUUUUUAUAGCCGUUUUAAUGUUCUCUUCAUUUUUCUUUCACAUUGCAAGGACUCCAUUUCCUCGCCGUUUCAAACCAACACCUUCAGGUCAUAUACACAGAGAAGAAAUCUGUAUCUCGAGGAACAAAGAAAAGUUGGGGUACAUGUAUUUAGAAAUCAUCUCGGCUGUAGGCCAGGCUUCACAGUAAAAGUCUGAUUGUUAAGGCUUUUUGUCACCAUUUUGAAAAAAAAAACAAAAAAAAAACACUAACAGUUUUUCUCUAAAAAGAUUGCUAACUAUUUCUGUUGCAUGCUUAAAAUGACGUUCCAUAUCAUCCCUACAUUUUGCUUUAGCUUUACAGCUUUUGGGAUGGGAGGCGGGGUUAACAUAAGUAGAGUAAAAGGAGGGAAUUUGGGGCUACACCGCCGACAUUUCCGUUCACUCACACUCCCUGUCCUUUCUCUUUCCUCGCAGGUGGAUGCAUAUGGAAACAUCCUCCUCACUACGCUGGAGAUGAACAACGAAGUGAUGCCUUCUGACGUGGGGAGCAGCGUCAGUGACUCUCGGAAUUCCGUCAUGUCCUUCGACAGCUCUGGGGUCCAAUUCAGGAAGCCCAUGGCACCCCGGGAUGGCUUCAGCCACCACUCGCUGGAUCGGAGCGCCAUGAGGAGCCGGGCCAACUGUCGACUACGGCGACGCUCCUCCAAGCUUAAGUUGAAAAUCCCAAACUUGUCAGAUGUUAGCACCAUUGACAAGUGGUCCCGGGUCAUUUUCCCCAUCACCUUUGGAUUUUUCAACCUAAUCUACUGGUUGUACUAUGUGAAUUGAUGUGCAUCCCACUAGGAAUCAUGGGCCAUAUUUUGAGAGCACAUUAAAUUGGCUUUGAUACAGUUCCUAAAAUAUGUAUACACAUAUACAAGUUGAAAAUAUGUAUAUGCAUAUUUCUAUAUAUUAUAUUUAUAUAUACACAUGUGAAACCUGAAGGACCUUUCUGCUGUACAAAGUAUUAAUAGGAUGACUUGAAUGUUUAAGAAUAAUUGUGAGAGAAGAAUUUCAAGGCUUUGAGUUUCAUUUUGCUCCUGAAAGAAACAAACAAACAAACAAACAACAAACAAGACCCCAUCAGGGGUUUUCGGAACUAAAGACUGCAUGAUAUUUUUGCUAAAAAAAAAAACAAGAAAAAAGAGAAAGUGGAAGCUUUUGAGAGAAAAGAUGUCUCAGAGUCCCAUCGACUUUUUAUUGCAACUUAUCGUGAUCAAAAGUCCUCUUCUGCAGCUCAUGAAAUCACUGGUGGCUCGUCUGUUCAGGCAUCAGCUGAGUGAGAUCCUUGACGCCCCUCCCCCAAACCCACGCCCCCUCUCCUUCCCAUUACCCAUGGAUAACAUGCACGGAAAUAUCCGGUUCUACUAUGUACAGCAACCUUGUUUGGAUUAUGUGUUGUUCCUUGGGUUUUUUGAAGUGAUAUUGUUCUCUUUAUCAGACAUCGGUCUCCAUUAGAGGGACGCCUGGAUGGGAUGUUUGACCGCCGCAGAGUCAACGCAAACUUCUAUUCCUUUCUCUUCUCAUGUUAUUUUUAGAAAUACAUCCUUUGGGGGCGGUGGUGGUGGGGAGGGUUGGGGAUCUUUUACAUUAUGGUUACAAACAAGUGCUGAUUAUUGUAGAUAUGAUUUUGUCUUGAAAAAUACUGUGAUUUCGGAGAGUGUCAGAACAUGUUCUAGAGCUAGGGCAUUAUGAGGUAAAAAGAGUCAAAGGUAUGCAUUACUCAUUUUGAUUGUGUGAAAAAAAAAAGAAACAUAUUCUACACAUUUAUCAUUCAAAUGCUCAUGAAAGUAUACUUGUACUGUUGAUUUCCUCCUAUUGAUCUGUUCACAUAGAGUUCAUUGACGUCAUAUCCUGCUUUGUGUUUGCUAAAAAGGAAAAAAAAGGGGGGAUUGCUUUUGUGAUUUGUUGGACAUGGUACCACAGUGAAUAUGUAAGGACAUGUAUAUUCAGAAGAGUCAACAUAUCAGCCCACAGUUUGACCAGUUGUCACUCAGUAUACAGUAUUUAUUUGUUUGUUGAGCAUUUCUUCUAUGUUGGUGUCCCGGUUCCUGAAGGCAAGAUUGUUGAGGCAGCAAAGGGUAAAAGACACGGGCAAUGGAUUGGUUAUUUCACACGAAAAUGCUUUGAAACUCAGAGAAUCAAAACUUUAAGCUUAAUUUUGAAUUACUCAGUUAUCGUAGAGUGAAAAAAAAUGUUGAAUACUUUGCAGGGGGUUGUUAAAAGGUCUAAAACCCACAUGCACACAGACAAGAACACUGUUUCCAGUACUCAGGCUCAUCCAAAAGGGGGGUAAAUACUUUUGGACCUUAUCGUUUUGGGAAUCUUACAAGUUAAUCACAGUUGUUAUCAAGUUAGCAACAUAUAAAAGUCAAAGACUAAAUGACAGGCAGUGCAGAAGGGGAGAAAGAGCAGAAGAUCACAUUUGAAAUCCUCCCAUGCCUGUAAAGCUUCAACUGAAGUGCAGAUCAGCAUCUUCCUCGGUGACAUCUUCACUUCAGGCGGGCUCUACUGGGAGCAACAGUCUCUGAGCAAGAAAACUAACACAGCCAAACCUACCACUGUGUCCUGUAGCAAAAUAAAGUGAUAUGCAGCACAGCGAGGUCCCUGAGAAUCAUACAAAUGGAGAAAGAGAGGGAAAUUGUCAUAUUCACAAACACAUGGGGGACUAGAAGAAGAAGAUGGAAAGGCUGCAGAGUAAUCAAUUUAUCAUCAGAAAUAUCCACUCCCCUCUGGAGCGCAGGGCGCAGUGUGCAUAAGAUGCCUUCAAAAAGGAAUACUGAUGAGAAACCAAUUUGUCUCCGUAAGUCAUUGUGAAGUUUGUACAGUGAUGUGGCCCAAGCUGUGAUCAGAGUUUAAUAUUUCAUUUUGUUUAAAUUUUAUGCAUUGUCAUCAUUGUACUGUAGAAAGAAUAAAAAGAUCACCUUUAAAUAUCCAGUUUAUCCAAGACGACAUACAGUUUGGGUCUUAGAUGGAGGGAGGGACCGAGGUGAGCUCUAUGUUUCUGUCUGAAACUGAACGGUCUGUUGUUUGUCUCUCAGUCAACUGUAAAGUCCAAAGGAUUACACGACCAAAACAUAGUGAUUUAUCUUAAAUGUGAAGAAAGUAAAUGUGUUGUCACUCACGAGAAGAAGCGAUGAGAGCAAUGAUGUAAAGUAGCAGCAAAUAUAUGAGAAAAAUGGCUUGUUGGUUGAAAAGUGUACCAUCUACAGGCUAACAACAGUUUCCACUGUGUUAUAUAGAGGACAUGUAUUGAGUAUCGUGUACUGUAGGUAAGAGUAAAGGCAAAUUUGUGCAAAUGUGAUGGUGCACAGAUUCAGAGUUCUUCUAAAAGUUGCCAAAUGGAAGUGAAUUAAGACUGAAAUGCAAUGAACUUGUUUACAGUAGCAUCCGUUUUGUUUUUUCAACAAUCUUUUACACUUUACAAAAUCCAAUUAUAGAUUGAAAAGAGUUCUUUGCAGGUUGAGCGUUGCACUCCGAUAACACUGUUGCACUCCAAAUGAAACGAUUUUCAAAAGGAUCAAAAGUCAAUGCAGCAGAACCAGAGAUAUCUUCUUUUAUUCUACUUUUGUUUUAUCCUGGUCGAAAUCUGGUGCCUACAUUUGCCAAAAUGCGUCCAGACUGCCUACAGUUAGGAUGGGGAUUGGCAUGUGUUAUGCUAGUAGCAGCUAAUGUAGCAUCUAGCUGCUAGCCUAAAGCAGAGAUGAGGAAGAAAUGAGAAAGCUUUUCCCCCCUGACUCUUAAACCCCAAGAUUCUUGUGUCCAAAUCUGUAAUCUUCAACCUUGAUCAACAACGACUCGAGUGACAUCACUUGAGGCUUUAUAUCUGUGAACAGUAGCAUGAUCAGCUCAAAAUCGUGAACAGUGUUUUUGGAAAAAAACAGUAGCCAUGAUCGAAGCACAAAAGGAAAGCUCUGGCUGCAUAAAUAAAAUACUCCUCUUGUUUUCUUGUGGGGAUAAGUUCCAGCUGAAUGGAUUGAGGUGUUUUUGUCCACAAAAAGUUGGAGGAAUAUUUUAGUCUUGUGUCAGAGUUUUUACUUGUUCAAUCAAGAUUCCCCUCGGCUCCCUGGAGACAAGAAGGCUUUCAACGUUUUUCACACAUGUACCUGUCCUUCCAUGUAAACACAUCUGGGUGUGUAAAAUUGAUAAGAGUUGCCUUUGAAAUAAUAACACAAACCCCUGAGAUAAACAUGCUGCAAUUCUAGCUAAUAAAUAGUUGUCUUUUUCUUUCUAGAGGCACUUAAUGCUAGAUGUGUUUAGAGUUGCCUGAAUCGAGGGUGUUCAGGCUCUAAGUGGUGACCUUUGUGCACUUUCAAACUCCUAAACAAUUUUAGACUCAAAGAAAUUCAUCAUAGAUGCAGGAUAUUUUUUUUCUUUUCUUUUUGUAUUAUUUUCUUGUCUGCACACUAACAGCUUGUCAAACUGUUAAAAGGCAAUAUGAUAGAGCUUUAGGAGUUGAGUCAAACUGUGAGGUCGAACAGUACAUUUAUUCCAAUAAAAGACAAACAGAGAUGUGUUUAAAAUGUGGGAAUUUAAGUCAAAUCAAUGAAAAAGAAGCCCAGUCCUAUUUUGUCCUAUCCUAUAAAAGAAUUAUUAACAUUUUCUUACCCAAGCUGACACAAGAGUCAGAGACACUUUCAGGUUGAAUAAUUCCCAGAAAUAGAUGAAAACAUGCCUAAUCAGGUGUAUACUUUGUUCUUUUUGAGAUAGUUGAUGCACAUUUUUUGAUAAACUUCAAACACAAACAGAGGAGACAAAUUAGCAGCCCCUUGCAUGCUCGCAGUGAUUACCACUCAUCUCACUCAGAACAUGUAUUACCUGCUUUCUGGACAUGAAAUCAGCACAUUCAUCCCAAAAGCUGUGAGGAUCUUUUGUUCUAUGCCUUUACUUUAGGAUCUUUUCUAACAAAAAGACAGAAAAUAGAUUUCUUUUGACUCAUAUGUUUCAAGGAGUAGAGGAGCAGAAAAAAGUGUUGAACUGAUUUCAAUGUGAAUUUUCUUGCCUCUAGUGUAUAUGUGUAAUUACAUGUGAAUUGUACUGUAAAUAUGAUAUCUUUCACUUAAUAGUUCUUAAUGCAUGAACAAAAACAUGGCAGUUCGUAAUACCAGCUAGCCUCACUGCUAAUGGCAUGGACAGCUUCUCUAGCAUUGGCAUACUUCUGCAAACGAAACCUAAAAAAUGAAACACAAGAAAUACACGGUGUGAACAAAAUAAUGGAGGAAUCAAUGCAAAGUUUUCUCACAGUGAAGGGGGUUCUGGUGGCUCUAAGGUUGUAUUUCCUUGUCUGGUUUCGUGAGAACAAGGCUACUGCUAAUGCUAACGCUGUUGAAGAUUAAUGGACAUUACAGUUUGCCUUAGUUCACUCCUGACGAAUGGGUUAGUAUCUUUCCACACGGGCUCUCCCAUUCACCAUGUCCAAACUUAAAGAGAUUUUAGCACAGCACAGAUGCAGCGUUUACCUCAGAUAUCAACAGCGCACAGAGUCGUAGGCUAGAAAUAGAGAGGGCAUGUUUGGCUUGCUGGCUUAUAGAGGCUAGAGGAGCAGGAUAGCCUUAAGAGGGCGAGUGGGAUGUUCUUUCCUGUUCCUCAAUAAGACAGUCAUGAGUGCCCUUGAGCAAGGCACUUAGCCAUCUGCCCGAGAGCAGCCGCUCAGUUGCUAAUAGAAGAAUACUGUGCAAACUAGCUAACGGAAAUAUGCUAAAAAUGUUAAGCCUUGUGCGGGUGUUGAUCGAAAUUUGUUCUCUGGAAAAACUGAAGACACAGAACAGUUUCAUGGAUGCCCUUGGUCCUUUACAUGUAAUUGAAGCCAAGUAUUGUUGCGUGUAGCCAGUGCCAUAAUUACCAGCUGGGAUCUAACACCACUAAAGUUAUAAAUCAUGCCAUUUUUUGUUGACUCCAGUCUUCACUCUGGGAUUUCAGCCCUCCCCAAAAAAGAUAUGCAUGAGAAGCUGAACCCAUAAACACAAAACUGCUGACUGUGACUUAUGAAUCGCACUGAGGCUGACCUCUAAUAAAACAGUGAACCUCCACCAUGCACGAAAAAAAUUCAUCCACCGAACACCAGAACACGGCUGACAGACCCCUCACUGUUGGAAGAACUUUUGCUGGUGCAUUCGUUAUUUUGUGCGUACCUUGUAGGUUUUGUUUUGCAUGAACUGAGUUUUGAGAGGUUUAAUUUCAUAUAUUUUUACUCCACACCAUCCGGUUCAUCUCCACAGCCAGGAAAAAGAAAGAUCCAGUGUUUACAUGCUUAAAUUGCACUUGUUUUACAGCCAGCUCUUUUAAAUCUUGUGAAACAAAUGUGUGUGUGUAAAACUGGAGGAAAAUGUAUUCAAUGUAAAUCACACAAUUUGGAAUAGAUGCACCGAGUGCAUGCUGUAGUUUUUAUCAGGUUCAGCAUAAGCAUUAACAUCAGCCGCCCUUCAGCUACAAAGGAUGUAAAGGAUGCUCAGCAGGAGCGUCUGAACGUAAGCCAUGUGUUUGCACACUGAGUGGGUGUUCCCUGUAUUUUCUCUUCAAUAAGUUGCCUCUGGUUACGGUCUGUUGUCGAUUACUGUGUGAUGAUACAUGCAAGAAGCUGUGCUGAUUCCCAGUUACACACCAGUAUACCUCCCCAGAUUGAAAGAGCAUACCAGGGAGAUUAUCUCAUGUUGAACCAGUAGGUAAGAAAGAUUUUCCAAAUCUUUUUAGAAAAUUGGCAAUGAGAGGAAAAAACCCACAAGACUUACAGCCCAUUUAUUUUUCAGUAUUAAUCAGUAAAGGAUUUUAUUUUUGAUUUCAUUUCUGUGUUCAUUUCUGAUUUGUUGUAUUUGUUGCAUUUGUUAUGGAUUGUUAUUCUUAUACUGUUGUUGUUGUUUUCUCAUAAGAAGGAAAUGUAACUCAUCUGAUAUAUUGGCACUGGAAGAAAAAUGCAUUUGGUUUUUUGUACUGUAAUUGUUUUGUUCACAUUGGGCGCUUAUUUGAUUCAGUUGUUUAAUAAGGUGUUUGGUUUCAUUUGGAGUUUUGGUACUCAUGGAAUCAACAUUUUGUGUAGUAUGAAGUUGUAUUUUUUUUGUCAGUGCAAAUUAAUGUUAUAGUGUCAAUCAGCUUUUUUAGGUGUUUGAACAAAAUGUGUUUUUUACAAAUACAAGGUGUUCAAGUAUGUGGUAUAAAAAGGGUUAUCAUUCAAACAACGGACUUUUUACAAAUAAAGGCUUAUACAGUAAAGAAAGCCAGUGUCUUUUCAUUUGCCCUUUGAGGACUAAUACUCUACAGUGUUUUAUUUGACUUUUUAUCUAUUUAUUUACAGAUAUUAGUCCCCAAAAGGUAAAUAGCAUUCAAUGUUGCAAAAUAAGAGGAUAAAAUCAGGUAUUUACCAUUGCUUUUCCAGGUUGUUGUCAGAGCUUUCACCUCUUGGUUGGUGUUUUGCUUUUGAUAAGGACUGUAGGAUAUGAAAACAGUCCAAACAAAAGAAAAGAACAGAAACACAAUUUGAGAAGAGCAUCUUCUUUUAAUUUGAGUACAAAAAAUUGCGCGUUUAUGAGAAUAUACCUCCUUUCAUACCCUUUUUCCUGAAUAAAGACGC